UGUCUCUAGUGCCAGACUAACACAGCUAUGUUUAAAGGGUUGUGAUUUUUGCGGUUUUUCAGUGUGAAUCGUUUUUUCACCCAAAAAUGUAUUUUUAUUUAUUGGUAAUAGUGUGACCUGGGCCAGCCUCCAGACUCUGAAUCUGUCUGUGUCAGAAGCCUGAGCUGUCAGUCAGUCAGUCACUGCUGGAGUUUUUGGUGUAGCAGGCCUGAUCCAGCUCCCUGAUCCGGACUUACAGGAGUCCAGCUCGGCUAGGUGUCUCACUGCGGCGCGCAACGAUGACCUGAAUGCUGAUUAUUGUGGAGAUCGACAGAGGAUUCUAGGAAAGGAAAGGAGGAGAUGAACCGUUUCCUCAGAGCCGGAGAGAAUGGAGGGCUGCUGACGGACUGCAGGGAGCUGUCACCUAACCACACCGCUACCGCCUCCUCCUCUUCCUCUUCCUCCUCCUCCAUCUCCAUCACCACCCUCUCCUCCUCUUCCUCCUCCAGCGCCACUGGCUCAGCCGACAGACACGCGGCCCUGCCCUCGCUCCAGACCCGGGGACCUGUCGGCGGUGGCAGCGGCGGCGGGUCGGAGCCUAGGAGAUCCGCGUUGAAGCGCAGCCGAGCCGGGCGGGAGGGUCGAGAGGAGGCGGAGGAUCAGACGGUCAGGGUGGUGCAGCAGCAGCAGCAGCAGCGUCUGGAGGCUCAAGGACGCUCCGACGGCGUGGAGAUGCUCUCAGCGGUCAGCAGAGACGUGGACGGCGGCGGUGGCAGCAGCAGCGUGAGCGGCAGCAUUAACAACAACGGCGUCCCUGAAGCGGCCACGGCCUCUCCUUCUGCGUCCUGCGCCAAAGGCAAGGAGGAGAGGAAGGGGAAAAACGUGAUCCGGGGCUGGAAGAGGGAGAGAGACAGGGAAAGGGACGCCGCUCCUCCCGCUCCUGCAGUCCGUACGCGGAAGGAGAAGCCCGGUGAUGGCUCGUCUCCUCCUCCCUCCGUCUUCCUCCCAGCGCCCGCCCUGCCCGAGCAUCAUCUGUGCCGCGACGGCCCCGCACACUGUCUCUGCACCGCGACGGACUCCUCCAGGAUCAUGGGAGAUAACGGCAACGUAAACAAUAACAGCAGUAACGGGAGUAACGGCGGCGGAGCUGCCAACAAAAGCGCACUGGAGUGUGGAGUAAAGAGCGGUGGAGGCGCUAUUGUUGUCAGGCGGCAGCAUGACGACACGCCGGCGGCCAAGAAACACAGAGGAGCCGAGAAGGUAAGCUGCUUUUAUUGUCUGGAGGCAAAUAGAAGAACUCACACACAACCAAAUAACACAUACCUCACCUGCCCUGACAUACAGACAGACUCUUCACCUUCAGGCUGCAUGUUUUCACGCGUAAAACUCUCAGUUUGAGGUGAAAUAAAAGGAGGGAAAGGAGCAAUUUUUGAUAUUCAGAGCACACACAGGCAGUCAGAUGCAGGUGUGAAGGCCACAAAGAGCCCGAACAGCACACACAGACACACUCAGACACACACUCAGCAGGAAUGUUUAAAUGGAGGGAUGACCGCCUGCCACAUGAUAUUUAUUUCCUUUUGUUGGUGCCCAGCUGGUGUCAUUGUUCCCAGCUCCACUGUCUGUCUGCUGAUAUUUACCACGCUGAUGGACUGAGAUUCUUCCUUUUGGGGGGGAGAUGAAGAGGAGGAGGAGGAGGAGGAGGAGGAGGAGGGAGGGGAGCAGCAGCAGCAGCAGUGUGUCCUCCAUCUCCAUCCUCCUCCUCUUUUCAGGUCCAUUUAAUCCAGACGCUUCAUGUUUUUGCAAGAGAUUGGACAGCAACUAUUUGUGUCUGCAGCAGUUUAGAGUAGAUGUGAAAUCUGCUCUUUUGUUGCAUCUGCACGGACUCUGUUUGCUCUUUUUAUUCUAUAGAAAUUUCACUGAUUCCCACAUUUAUCAGGUGUUGGAUUAUGCAUCUGAAUCUGUUCAUUUGAGACAGGAAUCCUGCAGUUUGAAAAGGGUGGAUGUGAACACCGUCUAAGCCUUUUUAGGGAGUAAAAGAGACUCUUCGUAGUUUAAAUAAAUAAUCUAAAGGAGAGACAAAGAUGGAGGAAGAUAGAGGGAGAGUUUGCGAGGUGAAAUGGGGAAAGAGAUGUUUGAUAUGGAGGGAGGAAUUGGACGUGACAGACAGAGGACGCAGGCUGAGGGAGUCAGACAGACGUAGAGAAAAAAGAAACAGAUGGAGGACGUCUGGGAGGAGUUUUUGGUUAUUUUUGUGCAGGAUAAGAUGAAGCGGGAAAAGCCGAGGCGUCCUCCCCGCUGCUGGCAGAUGCUGCUGACAGGAGGAACGCUGGCCUGCCCCGGCUGCUUUGUUUAUUUGUUGAUCUGAAGGAUUCCCAUUCGGCUGUGAAACACACUCACACACACUCACACACACUCACCCUGAGCUCUGUGGUGACUGUAAUUCAUUCCCUGUCAACAGUAAUCUGGGCUUCAGUGAAGAGCUUCAAUGUCCUGUGAUGGUUGUAGUCAAGCUCAAGAAGAUUUUAGACCCUGAAACAGGGACAAAAGAUCUAAAGAUGAUCAGGUGAAUGUUUUUUUUUUCUUUUUCCUAUUACUGCAGACAGGAAAUCAAUUUACAAUCUGAAGCGAUAUGAUUGGAUAUGACAUGAUAUGACAUGAUAUGACAUGAUAUGACAGAAGUCACUCAAUCCAGUACCAUACUACUUGGCUCUGCCUUCCAUCAUUAUAUGGAUUUGAAGCCGAAUUGCUCUUAGUAUUUCUGGGAUUUUCUCCACUUCCCGGAACCACCACUUGCACAGUUACGUUGUACGCAUUCGGCGGGAGGGUCACUGUGAAGACACACGGCUCAAACAGUGUAUCUCCCAAGUGAGCUACGCAAUUUUCAUACGCCCAUAGGCUGUAUCAAGUGUCAAUCAUAGAAAAUAUGAACCCCCUAAUAACUUUUAAAAAUGAAGCUUUAUAGAAAAAAAGAGGACUUGAGCACAAACCAGUCUUACAAUAACUACAUGUCAACGUCUCAAGCAGGGGGGAAAAGAAUUCAUAUUCUGUGUGAUAAAUUUCUUAAAUUUGUCCACAGCUCCAUAUGGAUUGCUGGAGGGGGUGGGAUUUAUGACCUAUACUGCUGCCCGUCAUCAGAGGGUGCUGCUCUCGCAGUAGUUUCACCCAGUGAAAAGGCAGACGGCGUUCAUUCUAUAUGUUUUGAUUCAACAAGGAACUCUACGGUACAGUUUGAUGGGAAACGUCACAAUAGGAUACGAUUAAGGAGAAAAGAUCGAUUCUUUUGAAACAGUAACACAAUACAAUAUGAUAAACCACCCUUUAAUACGAUAUUAUUCUAAUUUCAGUUCAAUUUGAUAGGAUUAGAUCCUUCAAGAUUUGAUAUAAUACAAUGGGCUAUAUUAUGAUAUGAUUUGUUGCGAAUUGAUGCGCAGCAAUCUGAUACAGAGUGACAAUAUCAUAUAAACCAUUGUGUCCCAUUUUUGAGAUAGAUAGAUAGAUAUGAUGCGCAUCUCAACCGCCCCUUUUCCAGAAUCUUCUCUUUACUAGGAUCUCACCUUCCUUAACCCACCUCCUCCUCUGUCUUUGGCUCAGAGCCUUCAGCAAAUAUCCAAAGGGCCUGGGGGGUUCAGGAGGCUUAUCACGAUGUCAGAAUGAUGCUGUGGUAGUCUUGAUGUAAAGUACAAUGAUCCUGUUCAAAAUUUAAACCUCUGAUCACUUUAUGUAAUGCUUCCAGACAGAACUCUUAUUCCCUUUAUAUAAAAGGGGCUAAUAUCAAAUUUAGGAUUUAACAGUGAAGCAGUUCAGUUCUCUACUGUAAACAUAACUGCCAGAAUUCAUAUCAAGACCCAAAAAUCAGUCGACUUUUAGAGAACAGCAAGGAAUUCAUCAACAAAUCCCCAAUCACAUUACCCGUGUGUUUAAUGAAUAAUGAUCAAUACAUCCUGUUGAUAGUGAUCUUGGCUUGUGAAACAGCACAACACAAUACAAUAUGAGAGUGCAAAUUUGAAGUAGUCUUCACGAUCGAUCUUUUGAGUUCAUGAAAUGUCCACUGAGCCAAAUCUUAAUGGCUGUGUUGACUAAAAUGAGUUAUUAGAGACCACGUCUCUGACUCUCCACCGACUCUGUUACAAGUCAUAGAAAAGACUCACUCCAGAUCUGUUCAGUCCACUGUAUACGAAGCCUGGUCCAUUUCCUUGGAUAGUCCAAUACAUUAGGAGGGGUGAGAAAGCUCAGAAGAACUUUGGACCAAAUAAGUGGACUGUGGUCUGCUUGAAAAUGCAGGUCUUAGUACCAAGUGAUUAUUUUGAAGGUGUAAAAGAAAAGCAGACUGACUUCCAAUCUAAAGACAGAAAGCGGCACAAAGAGCGUUUCAUCUGUGUGUCAAUACCUCAUUCAGCAUCUGUGUAACCACAGCAACAUGGCGGUCUCACCCUCUGGUCAGGGCUCACCUUCUUCUUUGUACUGAAUCAUUGGUCUCCUGUAAAGAAAAACAGGCUGGUCUCUGGGCUCUAUUUUCGUGCCUCGCCGGAGACGUGCCACAGGCGCGGCGGUCAGGUCUACCGCGCCGACAAGGCGUUCCCAAGCACAAUUUGGUAUUUUGGUGAGCGGCGCAGCCCGGCGUAAGUAUCCCCCCUCCCUAACUCAGCUCCUCCCAGCAGCGUAAGUUGUAGCAUGGAGAAGAGAGGGCUUGGAGUGGGUUUAACAUAGCCGAGCCCUGUUUUCACCAAUCACAUAAGCUCCUCUCCUUGCCUUUAAAUCCGCCACCGGCGAGGCGUAUUACUAUUUUCAUGGUGUAGUCAAAGAGAUCAAGAGAUGUCUGAAGACAGUAAUGCCGCACGAUGGUGACAGAAUGCAGCCCCUCAACAAGAGUCACUGUAAGCGCUGCAUUGUGCGUCCUCCACACUCUCUCAUAUGAGCACAGAUGGAGAGAGGACACGGAGACAUGUCCAGGUCGAGCUGCACGAGAAAUAAGAGGAAGAGGAAGAAAAAAAAGGAGGGAGACAAAUUAAAUAUCUUGUUAACUUCAUCAUGUGUGUUUAUUUACUAGAUAUUUAAUUUAAUUUAAUGCGGUUUCAGCUGUGUUGAUUCGGUCAGGUUGUGUGUCCAAACGCGUGACAAACGCGCUCAUCAGAUCAGAUAUAGAUCAGAAUAUAUCCAUAGAUCUAAAUGUAUGUGCUGACUCAGAUUAUUGGUUGUUGAUGAUUAUGUAUUGCACUGAUAUGUGUCUGAAACUGUGGAAACCUGCCUGUGAGGUAUCGGUGACGUAUGCCAAUAGGCCGCCGGUCUACCAAAAUACCUCUAGACCAGCUGCGCUCUGCCUGCGCUGAAAGCUGACCAGGUUUGAAGCGGCGAGCUUUCAGCGCACUUUACAUGCCACUGGCGAGCACGAAAAUGUCACUGUGCCCGAGGUUCACCACUUUGUGAACAACUGCGUGAGAAAAAUAGUUGAACAGUUUAAGAACAACGUUUCUCAAAGUACAAUUGCAAGGAAUUUAGGGAUUUCAACAUCUAUGGUCCCUAAUAUCAUCAAAAGGUUCAGAGAAUCUGGAGAAAUCUCUGCACGUAAGCGGCACGGCCGGAAACCAACAUUAAAUGCCUGUGACCUUCAAUCCCUCAGGUGGCACUGUAUCAAAAACCGACAUCAAUGUGUAAAUGAUUUCAACACAUGGGCUCAAGAACACUUCAGAAAACCACUGUCAGUAAAUACAGUUCGUCGCUACAUCUGCAAGUGCAAGUUAAAACUCUACUAUGCAAAGUGAAAGACAUUUAUCAACAACAUUCAGAAACGCUGCCGGCCUCUCUGGGCCCGAGCUCAUCUAAGAUGGACUGAUGCAAAGUGGAAAAGUGUUCUGUGAUCUGACGAGUCCACAUUUCAAAUUGUUUUUGGAAAUAGUGGACAUCGUGUCCUCUGGGCCAAAGAGAAAAAGAACCAUCCGGACUGUUAUGGACGCAAAGUUCAAAAGCAAGCAUCUGUGAUGGUAUGGGGGAGACUCUGGACUGUUGAACAACUGAAGCUGUACAUCAAGCAAGAAUGGGAAAGAAUUCCAUUUUCAAAGCUUCAACAAUUAGUCUCCUCAGUUCCCAAAUGUUUAUUGAGUGUUGUUAGAAGGAAAGGUAAUGUAGCACAGUGGUAAACACGCCCCUGUCCCAACUACUUUGACACGUGUUGCAGCCAUGAAAUUCUGAGUUAGUUAGUUAGUUGGUUAGUUAGUUAGUUAGUUUAUUAAGGAUCCCCAUUAGUCUACACCGUAGUGGAGACUAUUCUUCCUGGGGUCCAGGCAAAAUACAUUACAGUACAAACAUAAAAUGCCGUACAGCAUGAUCAUCAAUCCUAGAGUAAAAUAUACAAACGUAAAAAAACACAAUUUACAUUAAUAGUGGAAUAAUGGAAAAAACAAAUAAAACCAAAACACAGUCCAUCAGUCAAAAAUGUAAUCAAAUUUGAUAUCUUUUCUGAUUAUUGCUACCUUAAGUCUCUUUUUGAAAACAAAGUUAUUUCUCAUAAUAGUCAAGUGUGGUGGAACCAUAUUCCAAUAUGAUAUGGCUCUGUACAUUACCGUUUUCUUAAGUGCAUUGGUUCUGGGCUUAUGUAAAGCAAAGUUACUACUUAGUGCUUGCCUAGUAUGAUAUCCAUGUCUCUCACUUGCAGGUAUUAUUAUGAAAUCCAAGUAUAAAACCCCAACAACUGAUUUCAUGUCAAUCUGUUUGAGCCACUCGUCAGUAAGACAUGUCAGUGCAGUGCUCGUAGAGUAACCUUCUUUAUAUGCAUGCUGUUGAUCUGAGUUAAUAUUGUUUUCUGCAAGAUAUUGCUGGAUCUGCUUGAACAUAAUACCCUCAAGAGUCUUACUUAAAACAGGUAAAAUGCUUAUAGGUCUGCUGUUUUGACCUGUAAAUGACUCCCUACUGUUUUUUGGCAGAGGAGUAAUUUUUGCAAUUUCCCACAAGUCCGGAUAAGCACAUUCUUUAAAACAUAAAUAAAAAAAUAUGCCCUAUAGGCUUAGCAAUUGAUUAAGCUGAUAGCUUAAGUAGUCUUCCAUCAAGUUCGAUCGAGUUAAUCAUUAUUUGCAAAAAAAAAAAAAAAGUUUGAGUUUGAACAUUAAAUAUCUUGUCUUUGUAGUGUAUUCAAUUGAAUAUAGGUUGAAAAGUAUUUGCAAAUCAUUGUAUUCUGUUUUUUUAACGUUUAUCACAAUUUCCCAACUUCAUUGGAAUUAGGUUUUGUAUUUCAGCAUUCAAAAUCACAGGCAGAAAUGUGUUCAAUAAUCCCAGAGCAUUUGGCUCUUAUUGAAAUGGAUAGAUGUAGUGAAAAAUUAUUAAUUUGUGGCCAUUUCCAUUGGCUCUAUGCAGUUUUUGCACAUUUAAUUUGGCAUCUUGGCAUCAAAAUGUCUGCGAGAAAUGGUAAUGUCAGACUGUUUAUGUGAAUCGUGAGUAGAGACAAAGCCAUUGCAGCCAUUUAUUUAUAUUAUUAGUUUGUUUGACAAGGUUAAUUUUUCAACAGUUUGAGUUCAAAGGAGAGAUUUGAUUGAUAUCUGCAGGGAUUAAGGAGUCUUUUAAAGUCUGCUCAGUGAUCAAUGAUUGAUAGAUCUCUCCUCCACCCAGACAUCAACACAAAUCCCUCCCACACUUGUUUGGUUGAACACUCGGCCUGAUUCUCCAUCUUCAGUCAGACAGCAGAAAUAUAAGACAGCUGAAACCCGCGCAGGGGGAUUGAUCAAAUAUCUAUUAUGAUUUUGACCUUCUGUUAUCAUUAAAAAACAAGAUCAUCUAGACUGAACUGAUAACUGCUGCUCUCUGCUUGUUUUCUCCUCUUUGGUGCACCUCUUCAUCCUUCACAGCAGAGCGAGUAGGUUAUAUUGCAUUACCUUCAGGUGCUCAGAUUAAUACACACGUUUGCAAAAUGUAUUCAGUGGGUAAAGCUGCCAGAGAGAGUAGUUGGAGGAGUGUGUGUGUUUGUUAGUAAAGCAGAGGGACAGAGUGAGCGUGAGGGGAGGGUGGGGUUUAGGUAUCUUUAAAAGCAGGUGAAGUUUAGAUUGGUCUUGGUAGUAGCAGUACUAUGUGUAUUUUCAAAUAAAAAUUAUUUAUUUUCUUUUAUUGUAGAAUGAUUAUUUCACUAUUGUAGCUCAACAAACAUGUUUACUGAUGCUCCACAUAUUCUGUCUGUUGUUUGAAAAUCAAACAGAUCGUGUCGUUUUUCAAACAGGGUCCCAGGCAUUUCAAAUAAUGUCUUUAAAAGUAGUGUUCCCAGUACUGAGAUACUGUAAGCUGUGACAUCUUUGCUUGGGGCUACAAAAUCCUCAGAUUUUAAACUGGCCCACGCCUACACUUAAGUAUUGCUUCAUUUUGUAAACCGUAGGCUGUUUUGCUACUUUCUACUUCAUAUCAGAGCUGAUGUGGUAACAGUUUUUCGGUAUAGAUGAACAUACAAAGCACUUUGCAUUGUUGUGGUAAUAUUAUUAUUUUAUUUUUUUGGAUCAUGAAAUGCGCAAAGAAACACACCAAGUUCAGUUUUCUGAAGAUCAUGCUGCCCAUGUCAAAGCUCAUCAUAGAGUGAUGGGAGAAGCCAGAAGACCAGCAAAAAAAUGAGGCUCCAUCUUCUGCCAACUUUGUGUGUCAGAACCAAACUUAAGAUCAAUUUAGGAAACUGUUUUUGGAAUCAAAUCUGUCACUGACCAACAAAAGCUGCUGAAUUGAAGCUGAACAUAUCCACCCAUAUGGGUCAAAAACUGUCAGUAACACCUGAGAUAAUCAAUCUACUAUUUCUAAUCUGAUCCAGGUUUGUUGACAGAAAUGAAAGCGGUUCUGUGUCUGCUGAAUCUCAGUCUGUCAUCUGCAUGACGAUAAGAUGCACUCAAGAUUGUCUGUGAAUGACAGCGGCUGCUCUGCUGUCACUUUCUGUCUGUCAGUGUGGAUCCCUGCAGGCUGCACAGAGACUGGACAUCAAACACACUCGGCUCCUGACUGCUUUUAUUCGUUCAUCUUGAAUCCUGAUCAUUUCACAGGAACGUAAACAUGGCUGUCCUAAUGCUUAUCCUCCUCAUUAGCUCCUCAGUGUUUUUGCUUUUGUACUGUCACUUGUUGUGUUUGCUGUGUCAGCAAUGAUACUAGCUUAUGGUUGAUCUGAGCAACAGCAGCACCUCCAGAGUCAACUCAUUUACCCGGAGGUGGGUUUUAACAGGUUUGCUCAGGCUGUGUUUCCACGGUGACAUUGACAUUAUGGGCUCUAUUUUCGUGCUUCGCCGGUGACGUGGCGCGGUGUAAGUCAGGACCACCGCACCGACAAGGCGUUCCCAAGCACAAUUUGGUAUUUUGGUGAGCGGCGCAGCCCGGCAUAAGUAUCCCCCCUCCCUAACUCAGCUCCUCCCAGUGGCGUAAGUUGUAGCGAAGGAGGAGAGAGGGCGUGGAGUGGGCUUAACAUAGCAGGGACCUGUAUUGACCAAUAACAUAAGCUCCUCUCCUUGCCUUUAAAUCCGCCGCUGGCGAGGCAUAUUACUAUUUUCGUGAAGUAGUCAAAGAGAUCAAGAGAUGUCUGAGGACAGUAAUGCCACACGAUGGCAACAGAAGGCAGCACCUCAACAAGUGUCACUGUAAGUGCUGCAGAGAGCAUUCUGCACGCUCUCUCAUAUAAGCACAGACGGACUUAGUGUAAGUUUGGACCCACUAGUAAGACAAACACCCUUUCCACAAAUAAAGACGCUUACAUAAAGUUCAAACCUCACAUGACAAAGGUGGGUUGUGUGCAGAGAUCACAUCAUAAACUCCCAAAAUGGCAUUAAAAUCGGAACUAUCUGUGCGUAAUGACGCAUUGCGCUCCGUGGCCUGACUGUUUCUUUCAUUGGUAUUGGCAUAUAAAAUAAAUUUGGCCCACAAAACUGAAUAUUAUAAUAUCUGUAUGUAGGCUUAGCGUAAAUAACUCAUCUUAUCACUGAAACAAAUCAUCUGUUCAGCCGCCGCAGCAGCAGCUGCAGCAGGACGAGGAGAGGACACGGAGACGUGUCCAGGUCGAGCUGUGCGAGAAAUAAGAGGAAGAGGAAGAAAGAUAAGGAGGUAGACAAAUAACAUAUCUUGUUAACUUCAUCAUGUGUGUUUAUUUACUAGAUAUUUAAUUUAAUUUAAUUUGAUGCGGUUUCAGCUGUGUUGAUUCAGCCAGGUUGAGUGUCCAAACGCAUGCCAAACAGGCUUAUCAGCUCAGAUAUAGAUCAGAAUAUAUCUAUAUAGAUCUAAAUGUAUGUGCUGACUCAGAUUAUUAGUUGUUGAUGAUUAUUUAAUGCACUGAAAUGUACCUGACACUGUGGAAACCUGCCGGUGAGGCAUCAGUGAUGUAUGCCGAUACGCCGCCGGUCUACCAAAAUAUCUCUAGACUAGCUGUGCUCCGCCUGCGCUAAUAGCUGACCAGGUUUAAAUUGGCAAGCUUUCAGCGCACUUUACACGCCUGUGGCGAGCACGAAUGUCACUGCAGCCGCUGAUUCUGUCGACACCUCCCCCUGCCACGCCGCCACGCCCAGCUUGGAGGACCUCGGUGCGCCUCCACGAAAAUACCAAACUGGCUGUACACCAGGCUCCGCCAGACGAAAAUACCACCGCGUGGGGUCCGCCACAUCACCGGCGUACACGAAAAUUAAGGCUGCACGAUAUUGGAAAAAACUAACAUUGUGAUUUUUUUCAACCCUGCGAUGUACACUCGCCGGCCACUUUACUAGGUACACCAUGCUAGUAACGGGUUGGACCCCCUUUUGCCUUCAGAACUGCCUCAAUUCUUCGUGGCAUAGAUUCAACAAGGUGCUGGAAGCAUUCCUCAGAGAGCUUGGUCCAUAUUGACAUGAUGGCAUCACACAGUUGCCGCAGAUUUGUCGGCUGCACAUCCAUGAUGCGAAUCUCCCAUUCCACCACAUCCCAAAGAUGCUCUAUUGGAUUGAGAUCUGGUGACUGUGGAGGCCAUUUGAGUACAGUGAACUCAUUGUCAUGUUCAAGAAACCAGUCUGAGAUGAUUCCAGCUUUAUGACAUGGCGCAUUAUCCUGCUGAAAGUAGCCAUCAGAAGUUGGGUACAUUGUGGUCAUAAAGGGAUGGACAUGGUCAGCAACAAUACUCAGGUAGGCUGUGGCGUUGCAACGAUGCUCAAUUGGUACCAAGGGGCCCAAAGAGUGCCAAGAAAAUAUUCCCCACACCAUGACACCACCACCACCAGCCUGAACCGUUGAUACAAGGCAGGAUGGAUCCAUGCUUUCAUGUUGUUGACGCCAAAUUCUGACCCUACCAUCCGAAUGUCGCAUCAGAAAUCGAGACUAAUCAGACUAGGCAACGUUUUUCCAAUCUUCUAUUGUCCAAUUUCGAUGAGCUUGUGCAAAUUGUAGCCUCAGUUUCCUGUUCUUAGCUGAAAGGAGUGGCACCCGGCGUGGUCUUCUGCUGCUGUAGCCCAUCUGCCUCAAAGUUCGACGUACUGUGCGUUCAGAGAUGCUCUUCUGCCUACCUUGGUUGUAACGGGUGGUUAUUUGAGUCACUGUUGCCUUUCUAUCAGCUCGAACCAGUCUGGCCAUUCUCCUUUGACCUCUGGCAUCAACAAGCCAUUUCCGCCCACAGAACUGCCGCUUACUGGAUAUUUUUUAUUUUUCGGACCAUUCUCUGUAAACCCUAGAGAUGGUUGUACGUGAAAAUCCCAGUAGAUCAGCAGUUUCUGAAAUACUCCGACCAGCCCUUCUGGCACCAACAACCAUGCCACGUUCAAAGUCACUCAAAUCACCUUUCUUCCCCAUACUGAUGCUCGGUUUGAACUGCAGGAGAUUGUCUUGACCAUGUCUACAUGCCUAAAUGCACUAAGUUGCCAUGUGAUUGGCUGAUUAGAAAUUAAGUGUUAACGAGCAGUUGGACAGGUGUACCUAAUAAAGUGGCCGGUGAGUGUAUAUUGCGGUAUUAAAAAAUACAGGAAUUUUCACCAGAUGACCUGAAUAGCACUUUAUGUUAUGCUGCACUGCUGAAAUCUUGAGGACAGUUAACCUGCACUGAUCCUACCUCUUUUUGUGAGUGUUUGUAGUAUGGCUUCUGUCUGUCUCAGAGAUAUUUUUAGCUCCUAUUGUGCUGGGACGUUAUUGUGGAAAUAGAUGAACACAGAAGACGUGUUUUGGUCGACAUUAUCCAUCUUGUAACCAAAAUAAUUCCAGAUAACUGACUUUUCUUUUUGCCAACAAAUAUCAUUUUGGUUUUUUCUGUUUUUUCUCUGUUUUUUGCUCAGUUUGUGAUCAUUGUUGUUGUUGUUGUUAACGGGGUUGUGCUGAGAAACGCAUGUCCUCCGAGAAUUGCAUGCACCUCACAACACGCGCACUGCUUAUAGUAGAGUGGUCCACGGAAAUAUACAUUUUAAAACCCAUACAGUUCUUAUUUGUUGGGCUGAACAGUGCUGAAGAAUGUUCCGAAAGUAAUUCUUUGCGGACAAGCGUUUCUCGGCAUAACUCCGGUAGCACCAGCGACUCCCUCCAUGUGCAGGACAUGUGCAGGGGUGGGUUUCCUCCUCUCUGAUUUUGAUUGACAGCUGGCAGAGUAGUCUGAUUGGCAACUGAGAACAUAGUUUGAUUGGCAACUGAGUAAAGAAAGAAGGUGAUUGGUGGAUCGCUGCACAGCACAUGCAGUGUAUCUCAGUCAGCUACCCUUGAAAUUAACUGAGUUCAUUCACCUCCGACAUCGCAGGCUCUGCGAUGUGACUAUUGCACACACGUACAUCGCGAUGACGACGCUCAAACGAUAUAUCGUGCAGGCCUAACGGAAAUAGAGCCCUAUGUGGUUUAUUUAGGAAGAGUUGUGGUGGAGGUGUGAUGUGGUAACUAAAAUGGCUGAUUCAGAGCAUCAGGACAGAGUUUGAUCAGGAGAGAGGGGCAUGUACAGUAAUAGAAAAGUCUUCAAGGAGACAAAUUACAACUAUCAAAAGCACUAGUGCUGUUUGUUGUCUGAAAGAAGUUUGGAAAUUGGUCAGUAGUUUUAAUAUGCCAAUUAACAAAUGGAGAUAAGUAAAAAUGUAACUUUGAUGUUUCUUAGCAGUAUUUACCUUCUUACAGUGACUUACAAGAGUUAAAAGUAGACUGUCCUUUUUAUUUAGUAUGUUAUCAACAGGAAAAGGUCGCCUGUCCUCAGCAGGACACAUCCUGUCUGCACCUGAAGCUGAUAAUCAUCGGCGCUCUGAUGUUGUUUAUUUUUUCAUUUUCAGAGAAGAUUGGCAGCAGUAGCGUCCGUCUACGCGGUCACACAGUUAUCUAACAGCCAGUCGCUCUGACAUCUUUCAAAAACACCCAGCUCUCGUUCUAAAGGCACAAAAUGUCUGACUGUUCACUCUUCAUGUGGAUUUCUAAACAGGCAAAAACACCAUCGGGGAUGUGACUCAUGUCUGCUGAGACGUCAGCUUUGACAUGUGCAAAGACUCACAUUUACUGCUGUUUAACAAGCAGUUCACAUUGAUCUAAAGGGUCUGUGUCUGUCCCUCUGUGAAAAACAAUGACGAGUCUCAGCAUUCAGAGCAGACAGGUUUGAUUUGAGCUGAGUGGAGACAGACAGGCCUGUAUGAAAAAUAAAGCUCAUUACAAUCAGAUAGAUGCACCAUCACAGCAGGCGUGUCCUCCCAGAGGCUCAGAGAAAAACAAAACUACAGAUAUGCUGCUGUCAAAUGCCAAACUGCUCUUUUGUAUCACACAACAUCAGGGUGUCCCCUAAAUGUAAUUGGUCGUGGCGCACCACCAUCACAAAAUAAAAACCACCAAUUAGUUGGGUUUUUUUGCGUGGUGCCACCUUGGACACAGUAUGUGUCACUGCAGGUAUUAGCUAUUAGUUCGUACCCCCUAACCCUAACCUUGCCCCCACCCCACUCCCAUUCACGUUCCCCACACCACUAGGGCUGAACGAUUUAGGAAAAUAAUCUAAUUGCUAUUUUUUACCUCAAUAUUGCAAUUUAAUAUGAAAUUAUUUUUUUAAGGUCUGUUCUAAUGUAUUUUUUCAACAAACACAAACAAUAAAUAAAUAAAUCUGUAUUACAGUAUGCAAUAUCAGAUUAAUUAUACAAAAAUUGUUCUUUCUGGCAGGUAUCAGUUGUCACACAGACACACACACACACACACACACACACACACACACACACACACACACAGGCUCUCUCUGCUCACACACUAUCACGCACACACAUGCAUGCGCCAUCAUAUAUGUCAUGAUACUAAUCUUCAGUAUGUACCGAUGGGUAGAUGUAAUUUGUGCUCAAAACUCUGGAGUUGGAUCUAUUCAUUCCGCUGUGCUGCCAUCACCAUAUUGGAUGCGUUGUCCGUCUUUAUGCAGACAUGGUUUAAGGGUUUAAAGUUGACGGGCUGGUGCUUUAGCCAUUCAACUAUUGUACAUGGCUUUCUGGUGUUUUUUAAAGUGUUGAUAAAGGUUUAUAGUGUCACCUCCUAAUGUAGCUACGGUAGCACUGCAGGUUCUGUACACGUUGCGCAGCGGCAUCUUUUUUAGCUAAUAUAAAUCCACACAACUGCCGUCCUACCCCUCUUUGGUUGCUACUAAACUUUCUGCAGUGUCAGCUUCUGUCGAGCAUUAGCCCAAUAAGCCCGCAGUGUGACACAGUGCAGUGUUGACUUCUCUCUACCAGCCAUGUUUCGCUCUGCUCGCAAGUCACAUGACCAGAUCAUGUGACCAGUCGAAAUCGCAGCCUUUGCGGUUCGAAAAUUGCAUUUUAUCGCAUUUUUACCGUGAUGUAAUCGCAAAUGCAAUUUGUCAUUCAGCCCUACAUACCACAAAUAGAUUUACGUCCUGUAGGAAACACUGAACAUGACAUUUCUGAAGAUGAAGUCUGAAACUGCUACUAUCCAGGUUACAGACAGUGUUUAGAGGCAUCCCCAAUUUUUCUUAACUGGUUCUUGAAAUUGGAGUCUGAAUCACAAAAAGCUCAAUCUGACACCUGAGGGGUUUUUGGCUAGUGUUUGUAAAUGCCAAAGUAUCAGUUCAUGCCUGUGCUUGAUUUAGCAGGUUCAUCAGUUGUUUAUGAAGAUAGUCAAAUUGUUUUGGAUGCUCACCAAAAAGCAAACAGUUGACUCUUAACUCUUUACUUACCCACCCAUCCUAUAAAUAACAGCUAUAAACUAAAAGACAGUGACAAGGGACACAUGUAAACAAUUUAAAGAAGGCCUUGACAAUAAUGAUUAACAAACCAAGAUUACAUCUGGCAAUGGUAGACAGAACAAAGGAGAAAAGACAGCAGGAUUUCCAGCAGGUGGAUUAGCUCAGUGAAGGUCGAGUGGAACUUUUUGAGAGUCCUGAGUUUGGACAUGUCAGUCUAGUCAUUCAGAGUAGUAUCAGUGACCUGGUCCAAUCAAUGUGAGUACUCUGCUUUUACAUCUACUCGACUCUAAAUUGGACCAUAAGGGCUGUUUGGUUAUGGUAAAUAUCAUAAUCACAAUUAUCAGGAGUUUUUCCAUGAUUUGACAUCUGCACCACAUGCAUGUAUAUAACUUAAAACCUGCUAAUCCUUUAAAAGGGUUGAUAAGUGGAAAAAACGGUGUAGCUUACCUCUUGUGUUUGUAAAUCUUUGUUUGUCCAUCUAAUUGGAUGAUAUGAAUCUUUAAAAGACACACUUACUGCUGCUGACAGGGACCAUGCAUCAAUUCUCUACUUCAAAUUAAGAGCAGCUCUGUCAGAGGAUUUGAAGACUGCUUUGAGCUCUUUUACUGCUCACAUUUUAUCACAGGCUGCAGAUCAGACUCAGAAUCAUUCAGUCUUUUCAAGCUUUUAGAAACUGUCCUUUGUCAUGUCCAGAUGUGGGCUUGUGUAAUAUUAUGACUGACAACGAUGUCUCUCACUUUUUAGCCUGCUUCUUGGCUCUUAAGUGCUGGUGAAGCUACUGCCUCAUUCUGUCCCUCUGCUUUGUAGACACCCACCUGCCUCCGCCUGCUCCUCUCCCUGCUGUCCUCUCUCCUCCUCUGCUCCUGCUCCUCCUCCUUCUCUCCUCCUUCUACUCCUCUCCCUGCUCUCCUCACUCCUCUUCCUGCUCAUCUCCUCAGUCUCUUCUCUUUUAUGAGGUUUAUGAUGUUUAUGAUAAUUGAUUUCCAGGUCAAAUAACAGCAUGUGAUCUGUGGAGCAUAUUUGGGGUCCAGUUCAGUGUGCAAAAGACAGUCAAACCCCUGCUCAGUGUGAAUUCUGUCAUCCUAAAACACGUUUGCAUUUGUUUUAAAGGUCCAGUUGAAGUCAGGCGAAUGGAAUAAAUUGAUGUUGUGAAUAUUGUGGAAACUUGUGGCUGAUGGGUUUAAACUGGAGGUCUGCCAGUUGGUGGACCAUACUCCAGUGUGUUUUUCUAUCAUGAUAUUCAUUUUUUUGUCUGGUCCAGAGUGCAGACCGCCACCCUGCCAAAGACCUAAUAGAUGUGACUGACACUUUAUGUUUGUCUUUUUACAUGAAUAUUAAGUGUCUCCGUUGGAAUUUGGGAAAAGCUUUUAAAUUCAGCACCUGAAUCAACGCAGCUUCAUCGUUUUGUCUGGCCAUCCAGUGGUUUAUGAUGGGGGUUUGUUCAGAUCUAUAUGUGAGAUUUCUUGCUCCACUAAAAUUCAACAACAAAUAAGAAGUGUUCAGGCUCAGUCAUUAUUUAUCAUUUACAACCCCUAGAGACUGGGACAUAUUUGUGAGGAGUAAAUUCAGCUUUAGCUUCCAUGACACGCAGCACACCUGAACUGCAGAAGGGGGUUCAGCUUUAGGCAGCUCCAUGGCUCUGAGGCUGAGGGGAGGUUAGUGAAUGAAAAUAUAGAAACCACAAAGUCAGGAAGCAGGAGCAGACCCCCCUGCUGAGUUUGAGAGAAAUCAGAAGUUUUUUUCAGUAAAAGCAAGUAACCUUGAAAGUGUUGUUUUCUUUAAAUGUCUGACUCCAUCAGCGUGCCUCUGUGACUCCUACCAACCUGAAAAACAAAAAACAAAAACAUCAGUAUGGGGAUCUGCAAAGUAUUACUGCCAAAAAAACUGAAACUCCUGUUUCAAAAUGUAUUAAAUUUUUAAACAGCAAGUAUUUCUAAACCAGGGGAAAUGUUUGCCAUCCAGCUCUGUCUAAAUCAGAUAAGGAUGCUUCAAGUGGGAUGCAUUGCCACCUCUUGUAAAUUCAAUCUCUUGGUAUACCCACACUUUUUUGUGUACUGGGACUUACCGAAUGCCUUUACCUUUCCCUUUCUUCUCCAUAUUACAGUUUUUUUGGUGAACAUUACCCAUGGUGCACUUUGUGACCAUUGCAUAUUUUUACAGGUGUUGCAUGAUGUUCACUAGUCUGUUUUUACACUACAGGCCAAAGGUUUGGAAGCAAGGACAUUACAGGCCAAACAGUUGGGAGUAACUUCAAGUUUUUGUUCACAAUGCUUUUUCUUAAAAUCCAGCAUGAGUUUGAUGUAUUUUGGGAUGUAUUUACUCCAUGAUCAGAUGUUGCUUUCAUGGAAAUGCACCAUUUUACUCCAUUUACCUUUAGAUAUACAUUGAUGUUAACAGACCAUUGCUAAAUAUAUGUCAGCAAAAGAUAAUAAGGGCUUAGUUUUAGGGUUGAAAACAUUUGCAAAAGUCACAACUUCAGUGCAAAAGCAAAAAAAAAACAUCUCAGUUGGAUUAUUCACUUCAACUUUUUUGCUUUGAGAGUCUGCAUACAAAAAUCCUAAUAAAUCUAACUGCGUUCAAACUACCACAAAAAUGGCUAGAGCAACUGAGUAAAGAAACAAAAGUACAGAUUUGUACACUGAGGAAAGAAGGAUACACAGAAAGAGAAAUUGCAAAACGCCUAAAGGUGUUUAACAAAGGAGUCCACUACACUCUGAAGAGACUAGAAGAACCUGGAAGUUAUGAUGAUAGAAAAAGACCUGGACGAAAGAGAGUUACAGCAAAAGCAGAGGAUAAACACAGCAUUGGCACUAGUAGGAGAGAUUGGCGAAAGACAGCACCGUGAAUAAUGUAGGAAAUCAACAUGACAAGGUCGAAAUCCAUAUCUCUGACAACCAUGAAAUGACGUUUGAGAAAGGCUGGUCUGAAGGGUUGUGUAUCUGCAAAAAAACACAGAACAAGAAAAAGAGAUAUGAGUGGGCAAAAGCUCACAAAAAUUGGACUUAAACAAGUUUGCACUGUUUGGUUCAAAACGCAGAGUCUUUGUCUGCAGACAAACUGGUGAACGUCUGAAAGCACCAUGUGUUGCACCCACAAUUCAGCAUGGAGGUGGUAGUUCCAUGGUAUGGGGAUGUUUUGCAGGUGAUGGAGUAGGAGAUUUGUUUGAAGGGUAUCAUGAAGAAGGAACAGUACCACUCCAUCCUCCAGCACCAUGCUGUUCCAUCUGGACUCAGACUUGUGGCUCAUAAGUUUGUUUUGCAGCAAGACAAUGACCCUAAGCACUCUGCCAAGCUCUGUCAGGGUUACCUAGACAAAAAAGAAGAGGAAGGUGUUCUUCAAAAGAUGGGUUGGCCCCCUCAGUCUUCAGACCUUUCUCCAAUUGAGCUUGUGUGGGAUGAAUUGGAUCGAUCGGUCAGAAAACCGCGUCCCACGAAUCAGCAGUCUCUUAUUGAUGAACUUAAGAAAGCUUGGAAUGCAAUCCCUGGAACAUAUCUUAAAAAACUUGUGGGAUGAAUGCCUGGUAUAUGCCAGGCUGUUGUUAAAGCCAGAGGAGGUUACUUUAAAGAAAGCAAAGUCUAAGCAACAACAACUCAAAUACCUAAUAAUUAUAGUCAAAAUGUCUUCUGAUAAGUUACUCUUUACACAAUAGUCAUGUUUAUUGUGUUGCAAAUCAUAUAUAUGAAACUAUGAUCUUUUUUUGAACAAAUCUGAUCUUGCUUCAAAACUUUUGGCCUGUAGUGUACCUGUGUUAUGAACAGUGAUAUAUGAGGGCAGAGGUUCUGCAUUGACCCAAAUGAUCUUUAUUAUGAGAAAUGUGCCACAAAUGGUUGAACAUUGCAGCCUUAUAGUAACAUAUACAAAAAUAAUAAUACACAAACAUGACAGUGAGCGACGGGCAAAGGAACAGGAGCAGGAGAGCAGCGAAAGAGCAGCAGCAGGAGGAGAGAGGGGAGCAGGAGGAGGAGUAGGAGAGCAGGAGAGAUGAGAGGACCAGGAGGAGGAGAGCAGGGAAAGGAGCAGGAGGAGGAAGAGGAGAGAGAAGAGCAGGGAAAGGAGCAGGAGGAGGAGCAGGAGCAGGAGAGUGGAGAGAAAAGAGCAGGGGGAGGAGCAGAAGGAGGAGGAAAGAGGGGAGCAGGAGAAGCGUAGGAGAGCAGGAGAGAUGAGAGGAGCAGGAGAAGGAGAGCAGGGUAAGGAGCAGCAGGAGGAGGGGAGCAGGGAAAGGAGCAGGAGGAGGAGAAGGAGAGAGGAGAGGAGCAGGGGGAGAAGAGUGGAGAGAGGAGGGCAGGGAGAGGAGCAGGAGGAAGAAAUUGGGUGUAUCUGGGUUUCCCAAAAGCAGAGGGACAGAAUGAGAGCCUGUAGGGAUCAUGACUAGAACAAUUGCUCACCAUGAGGUGCUAACAUCUGCUGCAUUCAAAGGUGAAAGACCUUAUUCAGAAUUAUAAAGAAUUACAAGCUAAAGUCUGGGAGUUAAAAAUUAGGUUGUAUUAUAGCUUGAAUAGACUAGAGGACAUGUAGCAGCCAUCAUGUGGUUAUAUAUAUGUAUUUAACUUCCUGUGUAUCUCUAACCUCAGACUCUGGAGGGAUCCUGUUGGUAAUGUUUUCAACCUGAGACUGUUUGGGCAACACAAAUGGACCUUAAGGGUGUUACAUUGACAGCCUGUCCAGCCAAAGUAAAAUCUAAGUGAGCAUAUUUUCAAUUUCGUGUAUAACUAUUCAUCCAGGCCACUAAAUUUGUCCAUACAGUUAUCUGGUCAAUAUCAGAUUAAUGAUCUGUGUCAUCAGAGUGAGGAGAUAGAGACCAGACUGUCAGCGAUUUAUUAGUGUAUUUGUAUUUUGAUUAAUUGGUGUAAUUGUGAACAUAAUCCAUUUGAUUCAAUAAAUAAACAAAAGAUCAAAGAGAUGGAGGAAGAACAAGUGCAGGCGGAGUAAAUGUGUGUUGUUUGCCUCUCGAGGCUGUAAAGUGUGUUUUCAGAGCAGCUCAUGUGGAGGCUGAGCUGAGGGUCCAUUAGGUAUCAGAGUAACAGUGCCAACUGGAGUGAAAGGGCUUCAUGGUACGAGGGUACGCCCACGCGCUCUGCACACUGCCUCUGCAUUCAUUCAGCUUAGACUCUGCUGCUGAUAGAAACACAGAAAUAACAUCCUGAAACCUGCGCUCAGAGUCUGUUAUUACCUCCGAACAAUCACCUCAUAUCCUCUUUUCCUGCUGUGACUGUCAGAUUUUAUUCAGCUGCAGCUUCUCUGACCUUUAGUCUGUAUUUACUGAGCGAUGCUUUAGAUCUUCUGCUCAAACAAAGCCCAGUUUUAUCAGAAUCAACUGAUACUGUAAAAACAAAGGGGCAAGAUACAAAUAGGGAAAUCUGAUCGAAGUCCAGAACCUAAGGUUGGGUUCAUAGCGACUGGUCUAAGGUAUGUUUAGUUUGUUACCAGGUGUGUCUGUGUCUCAAAAGGGUGUGGUCAAAAGUGAAACAGAAAAACAUUGUUUCAGAUUGUAGAUAUUAUGAACUUUUACCAUCAAACCUGAGAAGAAGAAGAGGAAGAAGUAGAAGAAGAAAAAGAAGAAGUUUAUUAAUCCCCGAAGGGAAAUUCAUUACAGUCCCAAUUUUUACAAGGUCAGACUGAAGUUCUCUUCUUUAAAGCUGUAUCUGAAGCUGGAUCCUGGAUUAAGGACUCUGAAUGGUAUUCAGAGUCUGGUAUUUGAAAUGUUGUUCAGAUGUGUUUUUUUUUUUUUAAAUCUCAUUGUAUAUGUUGUAAAUGAAGCUGCUGUGACGUAAGUUAAAUUUUAGACUAAUAAAUUCAUGUCUAAGACUGUGAUUUGACUGAAGCUGUUUGUUGCCAUUUUUUUAGGUGAAUGUAGGUCCAAUGUUGAUGGGGAAUGUCACAACUGUCUUGGGCUGGGUACCAAACUUGGGUUCUCUUGUGGUACCGAUUGAAAUGCUUUGGUGGUACCGAGUAUUGAAACGAGCUCCGUCUUUCAGUGCCAAGUUUUGGUACCCUGAGAUUAAUCACGUGAUGAAGACCUGAUACUGCUGCCGGUGAUUGGCUUUAACGUGAUUGCAGCAUGCAAGAAAAAUAGUGGUGGAUACAUCUUGUGGUUCCACCCACAGACGGGGUUCACGUGUCUGUGUUGUGACUGAAAGCUGUAGUUGUGUGCGUCUUGAACCCGGUAAAAAAAAUGUCUCCAACUCCGAGGUCAAAAUUGUGGCUCCAUUUUACCAAGAUUGAUGCCAGUAGUGCGCGAUGCAAUUUAUGCAAAAAAGUGCAAAUGACUAAGAAUGCCAAUACAACUAAUUUGAUGAAACACCUGACCGUGCACGGCAUCAAGUUAAGAGCAGAACGUUGCUCUGUUUUUGACUGCAAGAAGAGCGGACUGCAGCCAUCCUCCUCUCAGCAUUCAAGUCCACCUGUGGACGUUACAGAGCCGUAGCGGCUUGGUUCCAAAUGCCCACCACCACCGGACUUUGCUUCAUCUGAGAGUACCAACGAGGGCACAGGUAAAUUUACUUUAUGUCACUACAAUUUAAUAUGUGCAUCGCGAAGCGAGUUAAACUGUGGCGAUGCUAACUUACGUUAUAAACGUUAGCAUUGUGGCUAAAUCAAAAUCUAACUAGAAAUUGACAGUAACAGAUUAAGCUUAGCUUAUCGAUUUAUCAAGUGGAUCUUCUCACAGUAGCCUCUUGACUGUGGUGUGAGGGGGACAAGGCCAACUGUGAAUCCAUUCACCCUGGCAGAAGAAAGAAAGAUGACUAAAAAAAAAACAAGAUGAGUGCCACAGGGCAGUCACAAACUUUGUUGUUAAAGGUUUGCUGCCUUUUUUAACAGUGGAGACUCCAUGGUGGAGGUAAGUAAAGGAAAUUGUUGAUCAGUUAAGAUUUUAUCUCUCAGUGUAGAUAAUGUUUUGUUGAUUUUUUGUGUUAUAAUCUCAAUUAGGGAGAUGAUAAAAGCCCUAAACCCCAGAUAUCACCCCCCCAGCAGAGACACGCUGUCAAUACUCUCAUACCUGCAUGGUAUGCAGUAGAGAAUGGAAAUGUCAAAGGAGAAUUGCAAGACGUCAGAGAUGUGGCUGUCACAGCGGAUAGGUGAACCAGUGUGGCACAAGACCACUACUUGACUGUUUCAGUCCACUUUGUGAGAGAGGGUACCAUGAAGGAGAAAAUCCUCCAUACCAGGGCAGUCUACACAUCACAGACAGGGAAUGUAAUAGCUGAGGAGAUAGGGGAUAUUCUUGAUGAAUUCAACAUAAAAGAAAAAGUUGUUGCAAUCACUGUCGACAAUGCAGCUAAUAUGGAUGCAGCAGUAAAAAAAGAUGAGCAUUAGAAAAAUUAGCUGCUUUGCUCAUACACUAAACAUUGCUGCUCAAAAGCUGUACACCAUACCUGUCAUCUCAAAGUGGGCAGGAAGAAUCAGAGCUAUGGUGGUGUGGUUAAAGAGAUGCAGCUUGGCUAAACCUGUCCUUAAAGAGAAGCAGCAUCUUCUCUGUAAGUGUAAAUCAAACUUAGUGCAACGUUCCUGGGCUGGCUGAAUCAACUUUUGAACUAUUACUAUAGAUAACCACUUUGACAACCACAUGAUGCACACUGUCUCUCUCAAGGUCUUCCUGUAGAUUCUGUCAUUUUGGAUGUGAGGAACAGGUGGAACAGCCUGUUCCUGAUGGUGGAGCGAUUUCUGGAGCAGUUUCCUGCCAUCCAGGCAGCCUACAUGGACCCUCGGCUAAAAAAAUCAAUGGAGAAGGACAGGUAUAGAUAAGGAUGGGCAUUGUUAUUCUUAACUAAUUCUUUCAUUAAUGUGAACUAAUGUGUUGGCCUGUGGUCUAGCUAAUAAAAAAAUGUAUUUUUUUCAGACUGGAGAGACUUUCUGAUGAUGAUUACAGAAAGGCAGAAGAGUUCAUCAGAGUAAUGAAGAUACUCUAUACUUCAACCAUCUUCAUCUCUGCUGAAAGGAGUCCAACUUUGGGCCAAAUUCUGCCCAUCUUGGGGAAACUCCAGAAUCACUUCACAAUCACCGAUGAGGACUCCUUCUUUACACGGACCAUCAAGGAAAAGAUCUGUAUGUAAAGUAUGUACAGUAGCAUGUAGAUUUUUAAGUUGUUUUUAUUAGGUAUACUCAGAGAUUUGACUACUAUGCUAUUUUUUGUCUUGCAGGAUGAGAGCAUCAGGCAGUUCUUGGAGGAGGGCGUGGCCUUAGACCCAAGAUUCAAAACGAAAGUGGGCAAUGAAGUGUGGACAAGACUGCAAGAGGAGCUGGUUACUAGUAUGUCACAACAGGUGUUUUUGUUAUUGAUAAUAUCGUAUUUCUCUUCCAUUGUAGAUCAGUUUUUAUGACUCCUAUAAUCUAUUGAAUACAGAAUAAAGGUGUGACCCAGGCCCAGCAGAUGGAGCAGGAGCUUGAAGAAGCAGCUGGUGACCAUGACAACUCUUCUGAUGAAGACUGUUCAGCUGCAGUAACAACACUGGUAAAAUAAAAUUCUUCAUACAAAGACCCCCCCCCCCCCCCAUUUUGUUUUCCGAACAAAAUUAACUUGUUGUUGGCAUCUAUUCUUCUUAUUCUUAUUUUUCUUGUUUCCAGAAGAAGCCAAAGCUUUCUGCCCUUUAGGAGCUAUUUGCCGAUGAGAACAUGGCAGCUGAAAUACAACAAGAGGAGACUUUGAGCACCACAGAGAAGAUUGAGGAAGAUAUACAACGGUACAGAGGUCUGCCAUCUACCUUAACCUCAGUGAAUCCAGUAACCUGGUGGUGGAAUGCAAGGGACAGUAUACCAAUGCUAUCAGACUUGGCAACCAGGUAUCUCUGUGUCCAAGCGUCAUCCACACCCUCAGAGCGCACUUUUUCUUCUGCUGGGGGCACCAUCAGCCAGGAGCGGGCCUGUCUGUGUCAUGAAAAAGCAGACAUGUUGAUUUUUCUGAAAACUGUUCAGUGAAAAAUAUGUAGCUGUGAAUAUCAUAUUGAUUUGUCACUUGUUUGCAAGUGUUCUUUUGCACUGGAAAUUGUUCGUUUGUAUUUUUCUUAAACUGCCAAAGCUGAAAAAUAUAAUUCAAGAUUUGUGCAAUAUGUAAUGUAAUUUUCUUUUUGUUAGAAUGGAUCAUAAAAAAUUGGUAUUGAAAAAAGUCUUGAACAGGAACCGGUAUUGAAGUGGAGGCAUUGGUAUCGGUACCGGUAUUGAAAAUUUUCUAACAAUACCCAGCCCUACAACUGUCUCUGUAAAUUUCUUAGUGAGAGCUUUCCUAUCAUAGACAAGGCUGUUUCUUAUAAUUGUGAACAAGCGUUGCCUCUUCUUGUUUGUCUACAUGCUUUUUGCUGUACUCUGUAGCAGGAAGAAAUACUGUUGAAUAUGUUUCCUUGUCCCUAACAUCCCCUGCAUGCUGACUUUAGGAGGUGAAAUCAAUGUUAGUAAUCAAGAUUUAAAGGUGGGCUAGUUUGAUGUAAAACUGAAGGUUGUUCGUAAAAAUUACAGGCAAAAUAUUUGUUUUUGUUCCAUGAUAUCAAUCAAUCAAUAAUUUGUAGUACUUUCUGAACAAUGAGAUAAAGCACAAAGUGUUUUACAAUGUUUUUGAUUAAUAUGGUGAAGUAGGAAAGAACCGGUUUUGUUGGCUUGGGUAAAGUUCACCAAAACAGGAACAUGAUGAUGUUCAGACAGGAUUAGUGUUGGUUUUGUGUAUUUUCUAAUAUGGUACAGUGUAGAUUUGUGUGCAGUUUUGGAAUAUGUAUUAUGCCUUUAUAUUUGAGCAAAUUGACGAUAUUUAGCAUGUAACAUUCACAUGUUAUAUGUAACAUUUCAUCCAUUCAUGUGGAUGAAAUGCUAAUGCGACAAAACCUUUUCGGUUUACUCCUGAAUUCAUUUCAAGACGGGAAUAUGUGGAUGGGUUGAUACUGCCUUCAGACGUACUUUGUAGCGGGGAGUGGUUUGCUCUUCAUCUGAAACUGCAAAGUCGUGCUAAUUCCACAUGACUGACUUGCUCCUACCCUAUUUAGCCACGAAAUUAUCACCUUCUUUUGCAGACACCAUGUUUGUUUACACUGGUGUGUGUGGGAACUGGGAAGCCUACCAGGAAGGGGAAGCCUACGGUGGCCUGGAAGGGCAAGAUAUAAUAGAGAGGAAAAUCGAUUUGAUAAUUUCAAUUUUUUAACAUUGUCAUGAUGAAAUCAUCUGAUUAUGAUUUAAAAUCGAUUUUUGGUGCAGCCCUAGUCCACAGUUAUAUAUUGCAAUGUAUGCUGGUGAUACAGUAAUCUACACUCAUGGCAAAACUGCAAAAGACAUUAGCUUCAACUCACUAUAAAAGUUUCAUAAACAGUUUGCAUUUAUUCCACAAUGAGGAUGUUGACCAAAAUAUUCUUAUCUCAAGGCGAAGAUUGCAAGCUGUGCAACAAUUUAAAUUCCCAGGUGUUGCAUUGACUCAAACCCCAGCUUCAAGAACAACAUCUGAAAGGUCUGUAAGAAAGUCCAGUUCAGUUUGACAAAUCAUAGAUUAUCAACAACUUUCAACUUUUUUUUUUUUUAAAUAACCAAAGUGAAUGUAAAUGUUGGAUGUUUUACUACCCUUUCCUAAUCCACAAGACCAUCAGAAGUCUGUGAGGUGUGAAAUCAGUGGUCCACUCAUAUCUGGUGCGUCACUAUUAUGCUCAAGUCCCCUUGCACAGGUUCAAUAGGCACUAAAUACCAGAUCAACUACUGCAUGUACACACUGCACACACAUCACUGAAGUUGUUGUUACCACUUUGGCCACUCACACUGACUCUCCAGCUUAGAAAUAAAUGCUCUGCAGCAGCACGGAUUUUCCCAAUACCCCUGUUCUUGGCACACUCACAUUGACACACUGUAAGCAUGUUCUUCUGUUGCUGUUCCAAAUUUUCACCUCAGGCUCAGACGGUGUACCACAGUUCAGGCAACACAAGCUUGAGAUUAAAACAUUUUCUCUGACCUUAAACAGAAAACUGAUCUCAAAGCUUGGUUUCAUUUUGGGCGCCGUCUUUUCCCAGAAGAGCAGAGACCAUGUUCUGCUAUAGUCCAGGGUCUAAGGAAAGGAACUGGAUCAAAUGCGUUCACUUGGGGUCUGUUUGGCUUAAUGAACAGAAGUAAGGAUGGACUCACUUUGUGAAGACUGUUGCUAGGCUUGACCCCCUGAGCCUCCUUGAAUUAGGAACAGACACUUUGCCUUAUUUUGUUUCAUGAGAUAUAAACAUAAUUUUAGCAGUUGAACAUCAUAGGAAACCUAACUGUCAUGAUCAUGCUUUGUUGUCCAAUCUCUGUCCUGGGUCUCCAAAACUUAAAAUCUAACUUGAUGGCUUUUCUAAUUCAUGCCCACAUUACAAAUCAUUUUAAAAAAACUUAACUCUGAUAAUCAAUGAUUGACAGAUCAACUGAUGCUUGCGUAACUCUGCUGUGAUGUUUUGCUGUGCUGUUAAAAGGUUUUGGCCGUCUUUAAGGUCUCAGAUUUCCCUGAAGAAACUAGAUUGAUUCUCUCGUCUAUUAAGAGCGUCUCUGGUGUUACAUCUGCCUCACUUCUGAUGCUUUUUAAUAACAUCAUUAUGAAAACACUGCUUGCAAACAGUGCAGCUCUGGGAGAUUAAUUUAUGCAGAAUUGGGCUAACAUAAUUAUUGUUAAUGCCUGAUUGUGCAGCAGCGCUGAUGUGGAAGGAAGAGAGCGUUUGUUAGUUUUCAAACGUUUCUCAGCAGCAGGAGUUAUUACAGCAGCCAUUAGAGCCUGUCUGUCAAUGUGAAGGUAAGUGGUGUGUGUGUGUGUGUGUGUGUGUGUGUGUGUGUGUGUGUGUGUGUGUGUGUGUGUGUGUGUGUGUGUGUGUGUGUGUGUGUGAGAUAGAUGGUGAUACUGUAGGGAGAGAAGAAGACAGAGCGGAGAGAUGAGAGGCUGGAGAGAGAAAACAGGAAAAAUGGCUACCACUUGCGAAAACACACACAUGCUGCACAUACACAAACAAAAACACACACUAUAUAUCACAGCUUGUCCACAACCCCCCCUUCCUGCACACACACACACACACACACACGCACGCACAGAAAGGCUCCUCUUUCAGCAUCCUGACAAUAAAUGAUUUCUGUCUGAGGAAAAAACAGAGUGUGUCGGCUCAGCGGGGGAUUUAAUAGAGAAGGAGGGGGAGGGGGAGAAGGGGAGGACAUGAGGACAAGGAGAGAGAAAAGAGAAGGAGGGGAGGGUAUGAGGACAAAGAGAGAGAAAAGAGAAGGCUCGGAGGACAUGAGGACAAGGAGAGAGAAAAGAGAAGGAGAGGAGGGCAUGAGGACAAAGAGAGAGAAAAAAGAAGGAGGGGAGGACAUGAGGACAAGGAGUUAGAAAAAAGAAGAUGGGGAGGACAUGAGGACAAGAAGAGAGAAAUGAGAAGGAGGGGAGAAAAAGAAGAAUGAGGCAGAGGAAAAGUAAGCAAGGAAGAACAAAGAAUAAAGAAGAGAAAAAGGAUGAGAAAAUAUGAGAAAGGGAAGAUACAGGGUGGCAGAAAAAAGGAUAAUCAGGGCAGAGAGGAAAGAAGAGAAGAGGAUGAAGCAGGAAGGAAGAAGGGAUCGGUAAAGAGGCAAAUAAGAAAGAGAAGGAUAGAAUAAAAUGGAAAACUGAGUCAGGAAUUUAAGGUUGAGGGGAGGACAAGAGGAAGGGAAAGGGGGGAUAAAGAGAGGGGUUAAGAAUGGAGGAGACAAGGAAGAGAUGAGUAAAAAAAAGGCUAUAGGGCAAAGGAGAAAGACCAUCAAAAGAGGAGAAAAUUUAACCAAAAGAUGAGAAAGAAAAAGGAAAAGUGGUGGGAUAAAAAAUGGAAAGCGGUGUAGGAGUAAGAAAGGAUCCAACAAGAGAGGAAAAAAAGGGAGGAAGAAAAUGAAAUACAAACCCGAUAUGACUCUUCAGUGGGAAUCAUAGCAUUAGCUCAAAAUCACUCCUAAAAACGUUCAAAAGGUCUUCAUUUUAUUCAGUCAACAUAGUAUCUUAGUCCAAGAGAAGUGGACUUUUGAAAUACAUGUAGAGACGUCAGUCUGACAAAAAACACCACAUUCAAUCAGAAGUGUCACCAGGAAGUCAAUAAGAACACAGUAUAAACAUGAUACAACAGCUUUGUCUUUCUUUACUGCCCAGGUUUUGGUUACUACACCCAGUAGACUCUUGUUAAUGUGUUUGUCGAUUGUUUUGGCGUCUUAUGUAGUAAUAAGCCAAUGGGAGAUGGCCAAUAAGUAACAAAUUAAAAAAAAGACUUCAAAAACACAAAAAAACCCAGCAAAAACACCUCAGAAGAGAGGAAUAAGGAAAAGACGUGGCAGAAACAUUAAGAAAAUGAGAGAAUGAGCUGAAAGAAGAAGACAUAGAUGCCAUGCAGCUUUGUCUCAUCAAGUGACUCGACUUAAUUCAUCUUAACAGCCUUUAUAAACACUCUUCUAUUCACUAACAGAGCUGGAGAGGGAGGCGGAUAGAUGAAUGAAUGGAUAGAUACAAAGAUGGAUUGAUAAAUUAGAUUACUGAAUUGAUUAAAUCUCUGUUCUGAUCACUUUGCAUCAGCAUCAGAAGUCAGCAUUCCCCUGCAGCCUGGCUCUCUUCAAAAUGGGAUUGUAGCUGAAAAAAGAGCAUCAAGGAUGAAAAAACAUCUUUGUUUAAUUAUAGAUUUUAGAAACAGAAUUAAUGAAAAACCCAGAUGCUCCCCUGGUACCCCCCAAACCAUCCUCUCUCUCUCUCUCUCUCAUGUUAAAUCAGGCUCAGUUUGUGAGUCAGUGCAGCUGUUUGAGAUUCAAGUUUGACACAAAAACCUGCAGUGUGUGUUGGGAUGAGUCUGUUUUAGGUUGGACUGCUGAUUAUUUUGUGAUCUGGUUUCUUUUCCUUCCUGCAUCCUCAAUAUUUUACAAUGAAACAGACAUAAAUGAAAAAGCAGCUUUUCUCUGUUUCAUCCGUUUUUAUGUCUACAUUUUCUUGGAGAGUUUAGAUUGAGGGCUGAGUCAUUCAAAAGUAAUCCUGAGAGCAGGUUGUUCAAAAGUAGAAAGGAAAUCAGCUGAGAUCAAUUGACUCAACCUGUUCUUUAUUUAAAGUAAAAGCCAACCUACACCUGACUUUGUAGACCAGUUUAGCUGGGUGAGCGAGUCUUGAUUCAUCCCUUUCCUUCUUCCAGUUAGCGUUAGCAAUAGCUACAUGUGGAAUAAGAUAAGAACUUUAUUGAUUACUAAAGGGGAAUUCAAUGUGGUAUAUAAUCCCCAAUGCAGUGAGCGAUAAAGGAAAUGUAAACAGGCAGAGGCAUGCAGAGUAAAGAUUUCCACCAAUGAGUGUUCCAAGUGCUGUUUGUUCUUAUUUCAAUGGAAAAAUAUCUCCCGGUUGAUUCAAAACAGCUGCAACAGCAGAUUCAACAGAGUCAAUCGUGCUAUCAUGAGAUCCAUUCGAGCUACUGCUAUCACGUUAGCUUAGCAAGAGUAUUUGAGAUCCAGACAUCAUACAACAUGGAGAUUACACUAUGAGUACUGUCAACUCUUCAACUGUCGUCUAUUGAAAAUUUAUUUUGCUGUGAAACCCCAUAUAAUUUAAUCUUUAUAUGGGACACUCUAGUGGUUGUUUCUGUUAUGACAGGAGCAAAGAAGAAAGCUGCUUUAAGGAACAUGACUUUCAUUACAGAAGGUCAGAUUUUUCCUUGGGCAGCAGAUCUGAAUUUCCUGAUAUCAGCUUCUUAGUUGCCUGAAGAAAAACAGAAUCAAAAGGUUUGAGCUGGUUUGCUCAUGUCCUCAGAAUCACUUUUUUUCUGUUUAGAAAAUACUUCAGAGUAUUUUCUCUGUCUGCUUUUUAUGUGGCAAAAGUGGGAAAGAAAUCCAGUAAAAGGUAACACAGAGGUUUGUUUGGUGAUCCAGUCUGAGAAAGGCUUCUGUGUUUGUGCACAGCUCCAGGGUCCAUGCAUAUUUUAGAGUUAUUUGGGUCUUUUGUAUUUCCAGUUCCUGCGUGGUUUAGUUAAAGCAGAGAUGCUGCAGUUUCUCACUUUUUAGACACCAAAGGACUCGCUGAACAAGAAAGUGGAGACAGGGAAAAAAAAUGCGGCUGCUGAAAUCAAUGAUCAGAGAAGCUGGAGGCAAAAAGGUUGAUGCAGCAUUUUAAUCAAGAAGAGAAAAGAAGUGAAAGAGACAUUUACUGCAAAUAUAAUCAAUAACUCUUAGACUAUGAAGGCUUCCUUUUGAAACAACAAAAUAUGCUGUUAAUAAUAAUAAUAACAAUAAUAAUAAUAACUUCAAAUCAGGACCUUAAUGCAUGGCAGGUCUCUGUCUGUUGUCUUAAAGACAAAGGAGGCACUUUUAUGAGGCCAAGAUGAACUUGGUGCACCAACAACACACAGGUUUUAACACUUUUACUGCCAUGAAUGCAGCAGGAACAUCGGGCUGCAUCUGAAUGGAAAGAUGCUGUAGACUUGAAUUAAAAAAAUGUCUUUUUACUUUAUCGGAGAACAUCCUAAACAAAUCAGAUCUGGACUUUUGAAUGCCAGUGUUCCUUCAUGACAGCAGAUCAUAGGGAUGAGCCCAAAUCUGAAUUAGUAUCUGGAAAGCCACAGAUAUACAUGAGAAUGAGAAUAAUCUUUGUAUUUGAAAAUUAUUAUCAUUAUUAUCAAGAAAAUUGUUAUGAGCCUAAUUGACACUCAUGUACUGCUUGCAGUCAUCCACUCCUGUCAAUUUCCUCUGCCUCAAGCUGUGGCUUCAUUUCAGUCAAACCUCUAUGAUGUUCUACAUCUACAAAGUCAAACUUCGAAUCUGUCUGGUGCAUACUAGAUCAGUUUCGAUGAGGGAGUGUUUCAUGGUUAACACUGGCUGGCAGUGAUUAAAUAAUCAGAUCUGAAGAUUUGAGUGCAUGGGUUAUUUUUUCAAGGUCUGAUAAAAAACAUUUUGGUCUGGCACAAUUGUGCAACUUUUUUAUGUGUAUUUCAGAGGUGAGGUUACAAUCUCAAGGGCACUCUCAAUAAAUUGCACAGAAUUUUGUGGAUUGAGCAGCAACAUUAUGUCUGAUUUUGGAUUAUUUAGCUGAGAAAGUUUAAGUCAUCCAACAGUUCAAACUAUUGACAGCAGCUGAGCGCUGAGGGCCCUCAAGACUUUAAGGAAGUUGUAUCUGUGUGUCAUCUGCAUAUCAAUGAAAAGAGACUUCAAAGGGCUGAGUUAUUUGUUCAAAAAGCAGCAUAUUCAUGGAAAAUAAAAUAGGACCGAAAACUGAGCCUUGGGGUACACCACAGGUCACACCAGUGGCGGAUGAUUGGUCAUUAAGAAUUUCUAAGUUGUUUAAAUAGCAGCUUGAAACAGAUUUCAAGUUCUUGAUCGCCUCAGCAGUUUCACUCUGGAAAACAACCUUGUAUCAGAACAUCUCAUGACAACAUGCACAACAAUAUUGUCAUAGCCAGUACACAGAAUGGACAGCGUGUUGUUAAGUUCAUAUAUUUCUUGGUUUAAUUCUGAUGAAUGGGAUUUUACAGUUUGUUUUCUUUGGCUGUUUGGUUCCUUUUUUCUUGUUAUUUUUGUUUGCCAUCUUUGGUGUUUGGCCUGAAAGAUGUAAAAGUCUUGUUAGUGUCAGUUAGACUGUGAGAGAAAAGUCGGACAGAAUAUUGCUGUGACUGCCUUGCUUACAGGCUGGGCCACACUUGUUUUUUUUUACAUAUUGAGCUGAAAACAGUCAGUCUUUCUUCAAGCCAAAGCAGCCUGUGGGUCUGUUGUGUCUGUGAUUUUCUGUAUGUUUAGGGUCUCUAAUUAAGGAACAUCGUGAGAGGGGGUGAUUUGUGUGAAGUAUUUGACACACUGGGGACCAGGUUUGUGUUUUUAUUGUUGUUUUGUGUGUGUGACUUGGGCUGAUGAUAGCUGAUGAUAGCUGCUGUGUGAAUUGCGGUGAAGCUGGCGUUUUUAUUCUGGGCAUCUCACGGAGGGAAGAGCAGAAACCACCGGGGACCGUGAGUCUUCUUUUAUAGUUAAUUUGCUCUGUGAUUUGGUGGAAGAAGUCCUCAGUGAUCUUUGUCAGCAGCUGUGUGGGAGUUAGCGCACGCUUCCUGGAAGCACAGGGGAUCAACUGUCUUUUGUUUUAUUACUAUUUUGCAUGAUAAAUAUGCAUUGUUUAUCAGGGUUUAACAUAAGAGUGGAGAAACAAACCACUGAAACAAAACUCCUCAUAUAGAAACUCACAGCACAGGAGACAAGUGAGGAGACACUAAACCUGAACCCCGAGGACCCACUGAGCUCUCUCUGCUCACUGAGCUCUGCUGGUAUCUGAGGAAGGAAAAGUUAGUGUUUGACAAGUUAUAGGCAAAGAUUUAACUUGAUGCGGAGGGAGAGGAACACUGUGAGGAAUAUGUAUUAUCUGUUUCCCUGAAUGAACCCCUUUAAAUAUUUGACUUCAAUGUGCAGAGACUGACUACAAGUUUUAUCAGAAUAUUCAGUUCAAGGCCAGCAUCCCUGAUGGUAUGGGAAUCAUCAGAGUUCAUGUCCAUUAAUGCUGAACAAUAUCUACAGGUUUAGGAACAACAUCUGCUGCCAUCCAGACAGAGACUUUUUCAGAGAAGACCUUCAUCCUUCAGAAGGACAAUGACAAACCACAUUCUGACAACAGCAUGGCUCUGUAGUAGAGGAGUCUUGCUGUAAACUGGCCUGCCUGCAGUCCUGACUUUGCCCCCAUUGAGUCUGCGACGAAUUUCUGUAGGCCUUGUUUAUGUAUAAAAACUCCUGAUCGGGACAGUUUGUUCUAUCAGAGCUGUAUUCACAUGUGCAGAACUCCUGAAAAUUAUCAGAAUGAGCAGCAAGUAAGAAUGCACACUGAUAAAAUGUACAUUCUGAUUUUAUCUGGACUUUUUCUGCUAACCCUCCCUUAAAAAAAAAAUCUGCUUGAAGAUCUUUUUUGUUAGUUUUUGCUGAUUAAAAAAAUCUCUUCCUGGUUUCUUUGAGCUCUUGGAUGUAGCACUAACUUAUCUGUGCUUGGCCUUGUUUGCUUUCAUUGGUCAUAAAGAAACGUAUGUAUUCAUAAACUCUUCAUGUGCUCUUGUGCUUCUUUGGUCUUUGCGAGAGAGAUUUUGAUUUUGAAGGAUUUGGUGGUUGAAUAAAGGUUAAAAAUUGUUGAAUCUCUUCAGGUAUUCAGCCAAAGUGCUGCAGCUGCUCCUGUAACCUUGGCAGGAACCUCUGCAGAGUGAGCUGUUGUAAAAGAAAAAAAUAGCUCUGCGAGCCGAAGUCUUUGUUUUUCUCUCAAAAGAAGCACAGAAGAUAUUUUAGAGAGCUGUAAGAGGGACCUGUGAGGGUGACUGACUGAUGUUUGGAGUAAAAACAGCAGAGGUAUGAAUCUUUUCAUGAGAAACUGAACACCACAGAUGCUGGCUGUGUUGGAGCAGAUAAAAAAGCUGCUUUUUCCUCGAGUAUUUACAGUCUCAUCCUGGUGAAAAUGUUCUUUGUCAAACUGGGAAAUGGCUCUGGAAAGUGUUGGAGUGAGUUAUCUGUCAGAGCUGUGAUCUUUAUUGAGUCAUAACUGAGAGAAAAAUCCUUCAUCGCUGAUUGCCGCUGCUCUCUCAGCAGAAUUAUUUCCCAGAGCUGUUGUAAUUGGGACCAUAAUAAGUGAAGAUAAGAGAGAGGCUCUCAUAGGCACCAGUGACUUAGUAUUUCAUUAGAUGUUUCCAUGGUGAUGACAGCAGUUAAGAUCAUUCACGUUCUUUGAAAAGUAAAACUGGAUGUUCUUGGUUUUAUUAGAGCUACUGGAGACCAGAGACAGUUCAAAAAUAUAAUGUUUGUCUGAGCUCAUUGUAUAUCAGAGCUUUUUAAUAUCUGUGUUCAUAGAGAGUCUGACUGCCCUCUGUUUAUCACUCUGCUCUCAAACCUUAUCAGCACUGAUUUACUGUGACACCAGGAUGAGAGGGAGCCAAGACCAGCAGUCACUUACCAAACCAAACCUAGGGUCUGGUUUCAAGUCAACACGAUGAGGACUACGGGUGUUAAACUCUGAAGGCCUCACCCCCACACCGUCUCUCACACACGUCCACCCUGUUUGUGUGCUCAUGUAGAGGGUGAACCACGCAGAGUGAAGAGUGGGAGAGGGCUGUGAAGCCCACUGACAGUGACACGAUGCCGUCUCACUGAGCAUGUUCUUGUUUUUUUUUUUUCUUGUUUUUUUUUUUUAAUUGAAAAGGCUCCACGAUCUGAACAAAUCAGCUACUGUAAAUAAGAAAAGUGAGGGAUCAUGUACACUGAGCAAAGAGAAGGCUGUGUAAAUCAGAAUUCUGACAAGGUGAGCAGUGCAACUGUUCUUAUAACCUGUUCAUUGAAGAUUACCCUGGCUGCUCAUUACCUGCAGCCGACUAAAGUUAUUAAUAAGUUAUCAAAAAUAGAGAUUAUUCAUGUGCUCAGCUACAUGGUUGGUGACAUCUCCAUGACGACAGAUCCUUAUUAACCUCCUUAAACAUUUUAAACUAGGGCCAAAUGAAAACAUUAGCCUGCUUAUUUGUACUACUUCACAUCAGAGUAUUGAUGGCAUUAAUAAUGUGAAACCAAAACAGAAGAAGGACAAAGAAGCAGCAGCCACAACCUGCUUAAAAGGAAACUCUUAAAACUGAUGAUAUAAGAUUGAUUGUGGAUACAGAAACAAGAGAGGAGCCUUUUUGGGGGUGCCGCAACAUUAAAAAUGAUACUUUUCUAUCAUUUUUAUUGCCCUUUUCAUUGCAUAACUUAUCAUGUAUAAGGUUUAGCGGGUGUGCCAUUUCAAAAUAAAAGCAUUGGAAAGAAAGCAACUUAAAUGGAAGACAGUAAAAAUGUCAAAAUAAAAGCAUCGCAAAGAAGCAUGAGACAAUCUCUCCUGUAAGGCGAACACAAACUGGUUCAAACCAUGUGGACACAUUGUAACACAGAUACACAGAUACAGGGGAAGACAGUCAGUUUGAACUUUAUCAGAUGUUUCUUGCACAGGGCUGGAGGAACAUUACUGAAUAUAGUUGAUCAUCUUAAAUCAUAAAGUUUUCAAAGUAACUUGUCUCCCCACCCUUGUCUUAGCUGUCCGUAGUUUAAGUGAUUUUUUUCCAUAAAUAUUGUGCUGUGAUUGUUAUUUUUGAUCCUCUUUAGGCCACAGUAACUGUACAUGUACUUAAAAUAUCACAGCUUUCAGCAUUGUCCAUGUUAUCCUUAUGACUCGUGGUCAAAGUUAAUUUGUAGAGAUCCACAGCUGCUCUCCAGCUCUGCUGCCAUUGCACGGAUUGCAGGACAGGAUGUUGUUCUACUUUUCCCUGUUAGAGAUGGUUGGGGUCCAUUAGCUCCUCGAGCUGCUCACACAUCUAUGCCCCCUGUUGUUAUUUCCCCACUCAGCAGGUCAUCAAACUGGGCCGUGGUCAGCCUCAUGUAGCCGUAAGCAGCAGGGAAGUUCAUCCAGGCACACUUCAUGGAGGGUGAAGGGGGCUGAACUGAACUAAACUGUAUCAUCAGAUGGUUUUUGUUUCCGAUGUCUGAGCUCUGGGGAGUAUUUUAGUCGACUUUUGGAGGCUCAUCACUUUGGCAGAGUCUGAGUUUCCCAAACAGAGGUGAUGACACAAAGGGCAACAAACUGAGAAAAACCCAAGGAGUGAAGAAACACAACACAUCCUCUUUUUAACAUCUUGUUCAAAGAAGCCCAGAAAAAUCAAUAAAACAAUCUGCAUAUUGCUGAAGUGAAUGUCCCAGCAGGAAACUUCACCAGCAUACAAAUCUCAUUUUCCUGGUUUGAGUCUCCCUCCAGUUAUGUUGCCUUAUUAUACUGCUGCAGACUUUUGCCAAUUCUCUGUGUGCUGAAGUGGCAGCUAAUUAUACUGUGUAACUUCUGUGCAUACAUUUGAGCUUCUUCUCCCAGAAACCUGUGAGCGAGGGUGGAAAUAUUCCUCUAACCGACUCUGACAGUCUUGAGAGACAAAUGCAGAUGAACUGAAGUAGAUGGGGUGAAAAAUAAGGGUUUUUCUAAGUCUGUAUAAAGUUGAGAAUGAGCUGCCACUCAAUAUUAAGAAGCUAGAGAGUGCAGACAGCAGAUAAAAUAAUGAAUAUGAUGACAUUUUGAAAGAAUGUCUCCUCUUCUAAAAUACCCCUCCAUUAUACAGCAGGAUCCUUCACUUAAAUAAUCAGAUGGAGUCACGUCACUUUUAUGAGAAUGACAUUUAUAAUCUCUUGACAACAUCCCCUCCUUCCUCUUCUGCAGGAAAACUAAGCACAGCCAUGAGCCUAAAUCUCAUUGAGCAUUCCGAUAACUCAGCUAAAAUGUAUUAAUACCUAAAAAAAGGCUUGUGUAAAUUAUCAAGAGUCUACAUUUUUGUGAUCUUGUUGGUUCAGGUGAACAUUGAUGGAUUUUGACGGUUUCUGUUUUUGUUUUCGAGCCAAAGUGAUCAUAUUAUUGCAAAGAGGUGGAGAUGGAAAGGAAGGAGGACUUCCUAAGUAAAGCACUCCCUCUGACAUUUUCUCUCCUGUGUCCAGUAGUCAAAUAUAUUUCACCCUUUACCCACAAGAGUCAGACAUGUAGACCACUUUCCUUGUCAGAGACACAGAAAUUUCACCUUCAAUUAACUGACCCGUCAAUGACUGUCCAGUCAAAAAACAGUCAAAAUACAAGAUACCAGAGUCUGCAGGUAAACAAUAUCUAAUUGGUUUGCAGAGUAUGGCUAACAUCAGCAGCGCUAGCACCACUAGCCCCCAUGUUAAUGACAUUUUAAAAUAAUCAGUAUCAGCCAAUGUCUGCACUCACAUGGCUGAUUUUAACAAACAAUGUCUGCAAACACUGUAGGCAGCCUCGUUUUUUUUUUUUGCUCAGGUAACCAUGUUUAUUAGAUUCCAGUGUGUUUGUAAUAAUAGGUGCUGUCAGGGGAGAAUUGUUGUAUUUAAUAUAAUGCGAAAAAUAAACAAAAACACAACAACAAUCUAAAUGUGAUACCGGUAUUUAUUAUAAGUUGACCAACAAAAACAGUAUCUGUAGACCUCUACCUUAUAGACUUGUUCCUCCAGUAAAGAAAUCAGUCACAGUUGUUAUAAAACUGGAUCCUCGUUUUCUGGAUCAAAUAUGCCCACUAUGAGAUUCAAUCUGUGCUUGUUUACAUCAGGGUAGUACAGAAUUAUAGCAACACAGCAGCAGCUCAACUGUGCACAUCUUGACUUCGGGCUCUAAAAAUGUUUCUAAACAAUUGCAGUGUAAACUUGUUUUUUGGGGUUGUGCGUUGAGAUGUUUUGUGACGGUCAGGAUUCUGUUUUUUACAGUCAUCAGAAAGAAGGCAGGAUAAAUUCCAGCACCUGGGAAACAAGCAACUUAGUGACAGUGUGUCCCACUCAAUGAAGUUCAUUGUGUGGUUGUUCAUUUACUAGACUAGAAAAGCUAAAACAGCUUGCACACUUGCCGCUCACUAGUCUUGAUUUUACCCAGCAUGCCAAUCUCUCUUUUGGAUUCAGAGCGAAUCCUUUUUGUACUGGUCUCACCAGCAGAUAGGUUACUCAGUCAGCUAAACACAGAGUUCAAUAAAUCCAGUGGAAGCUAGGACUUGUUUUGGAUGCUUUACUGAACCACGGUGGGAAACUGUUACAAAACAUGACAAAGUAUACAUAUUACAGAUAAGUAUAAAAAGUAGUAAAACAUAUGAGUACAGCACACUGUAUGCGCUGUAAGGUAAGUGAAAAAGUAUACUUUAAACAAGAGAAAUAUACUACAGCACAAGAGGUAAGUAUGUAAAUACAAAUAAUAUUUUCUAUUCUCUCUCUAUUCACAGACAAUGAAACCAGGUGAGACUGUAAGGUGUAAAUAUGCAUGAAAACACAGUAGCACAGGGGACCAUACACCACCCAAACUAAAUUAGAAACAAAACCUAAAAUUGUUGGCUGUACUCAACAAAUAAUGCACUCUAAUCAUCAAUAUAAACCUUAUAAACAUGUGUACUGACAGAAAUUGCUUUAAUAAACGUGAUGAGGAUGGAGGCAGAUAAAACACACAUGAAAAAUGUCCUCGCUGCAGCACAUGUAGCACACAACUUCCUGUCUAGCCCGGAAAUGAUGUAAGCACUAAAGACAUGAGCGAUUCUCCCAUGUAACUGCCACUGAGGGGCUCCAAACAACAAAACAAAGAACAUGCAACAGUUUGUAGCAUCCUUGACACUUUUCUUUUUUCUUUCUAGGUGGACCCCAUGUUCACGGUGCCAGCCCCUCCUGCACCAGGCCACCCAGGAGGCCCUGGAUCCUCCCUGCCCUCUGUGCCGUCCUUCUCCCCUCCGGCCUUGCCCACCACUAACCCAAAGCAGCUGGUUGUCAGGACAAGGUCUAUAGGAACCAAUACCCAGGAUGGAGCCGGCUCGGGAGCUCUGGAGGGGGACUCGGCCUGUUUAGGGCCUUGCCAGCCGGGGACCAGUGUCAACCUGGAGGGCAUUGUCUGGCACGAGACCGAGGAAGGUAAGAAGAGCUUCACUGAGAUUUCUAACUGGCAAACACUUUCAUAGUGAUGUGAAACUGUUUCAGUAGUUUUUUUUAAGGCAGCACUGAGAGAUCCAGAUUUUUUAACCUCCAGAAACCACAUGCUAUACUAUCAACAGAUAAGAGUGCCUUAAAUAUAUGCACAGUCUUUUUAGACCUAUCAAGGUCAAACAAUGACACAAUCACUGACUAAUCCUGGCAGAGGCAGACAAGCAACUCCUCAGCAGUUGGAAGUAAAUGCGUAUUAUUGAGUGUUGAAAUCAGCAGACAGUAGAGAUAAGUCUAAAUGUUUCCAGAUAGGCAGUCAGUGAGUGGAUGAGGAAGGACUGAUGUGUCAGAUGUGGGUGACUAAAACCCUUUUGUUGCGGCUCAGUGAAAACCAAGAUGGUGGAAACACAUCAGCAGCUUUUCUGAUCUACAAGCUCCACUUCACUUUGAGAAAAAUAAAGAAAAACUUUCUCACCUUGAUGUUUGUGAAAGCUUAGAUUUUCUCUGUCAAGUAUUUUUUUAUUCCCAUUGUUGUCACUUUUGAGGGUUGGUGUCCUGAACAUUUCAUCUUAAACUUUAAAGAGAGUAAACAUGCUGACAGCCAGAGAUGAAAGUCUUUUUACUGAGGGCAAACUGAGUUCAAGACACUCUCUGACUUUCCCCUAAAUUCUCUGAGACGUUUGAGGAUUCAGGUACAGGUUCACGGCUAAUGGUUUGUUUUGGUCCUGCUCAUUAAAAAUAAAGACGCUGUUGUUUGCAGAGGAGCUUGUAAUUGGAGACUCUUUAUUUAGAAGCUUUGUAAGGACAGUGUCUGAAUUUCUGACAACUCCAGGGAAAACAGUCUAUCAGGACAAAGAGCUGAGUAAACAUUUCUUCCUCUACAGCAUUUGUAUAUUCUCUAAAUGUCUGCUGGUUAUGGCGUUCACUCCUGCUGUGAGUGCUUUAUGUCUGUUUUGCAAGUUUUUUUGUAAAGUUUGUUUUUUAAAGCUGUAAAAAAAAAAAAAAACAAGCACUCAUUUGUCAAAACGUAGAGCAGGUAAAUAAACCUGUAAAUAAACCUGUAGAUACAAUAUCCAAAUAAGAGCACUUAGAGAUAUAGAUACAGAUAGAAUUAGGACCUCUGAAACUUCCCAAUACAUUCAAACCUUAAGACCUCCAUUUUAGUUUGCUGCAUCACAGUCUGAAUUGUAAUUUGAGAAGUGGCGGAACACAGCAGGUUUUGGGCUUUGGUAGAGCAGGUAUAUGAAGGAAAAGAGGUGACAGUGCUCUUGUCCUCUGACAUCCCUAAAUUAUCCCCACCCUGUGAAAGCAGCAUAGUGACACCUAUCGUGGCUGCAAGCUCACUCAUUAUUUCAUAACAUAGUCCCUGUACACAUGGAAGCAAUUCAAAGAUGUGACUUUGGACCAACUGGGAAAGUGAUGAAUAUUUUUCCAACAUGAUGAGUUUUUAUAAACUACAUGAUAAAAUUGUGAAAUCUGGUCAAAUGAAUCAGCAUAAUAAAUCAGAAAAACUGGUAACUGCAGCCCUCUGUGUGAACCAAUGUGGAUCUAAUGAGCUGAGCAUUUGGCCCCCACUCAGUUGACGUACCCACCCACUUUAGUUAACCUAAUCAGGCGUCUGUACAGCUAUAAAACACAUGCCACAAAGACAAAAGUAGUUCUUAUCUUUACGUUCCAGGACGAAAGUCUGCUUCAUUUAUGGAGACAGCUGGAAAUCCUCACAAGGGUAGUUUUGGCUUUAAGAUGCCCAUUUUUGUGAGUCCAAAACCUGAAGAAAAGUAGAACCAGAGACCCGUCCAAUGCUACAAAACGAUGCCAUGGGAAAACCGGGCGUUGGAUCAGAAAGACGGAUGAAUCACCUGGCGAUUUCAACGCCAUUGCUCUUUGAUAGUCUGUUAAGGAGGACAGCGUUCAGCUCGGCGGCCUCUCAGUGGAGGUGUGAUACCUUUCUGCAGGCUGCUAAUGGAUAAAUCCCAUCUCUCUGCGCCCAUCUCGCUCUGCCAGCCGCAGGGCCUCUGAAGUGGAUAGCGGGGUUUGGCGGAGAGGCGUUUGUUUCCCGGCCCAGUAUUAAUUAACCGAAGCGACACUCGCUCAGCUCGGGCAGAAUAAAAACAGGAGAAGAAGAAGGAGGAGAAACAAGCACAACACAGGGGAAUAAAUCUGAGGCUGAGAGUGCUUUUAAACAGGCCAGAGAGAUGGAGAGAAGAGAGGGGGAGAGAUAGACGGAGAGCAAUCCAUCUUCUACUUCAGUCUGAGUGAGAGGAGGCCAGACGAAGGAGGAGACGUCAUCUUCAAACGGUGCAGAGAGAAAGCUGAAAUGUAAUAUAUUUGAAAUUAUUUUAAAGGUCAAAUCAAAAGACACAGAGAACAGCUAAAAUAUAGAUAAUCAUGGAAGAUUAACAUGUAAGCAAAGCAUUCAGAGGUGACGCAUAAGAAUGCACAUUUUUCAUCGCUGCAAAGUCAAACUACCUCCAGGGAUGUGACUCAUAACUGCUGAGACGUCAGCCUCGACAUGUGCAAAGACUCACAUUUACUGCUGUUUCUAAAGCAGUGGACAUUGAAUCGAAACAGUCUGUAUGUGUCUGUGCAAAACAACAAAGCAUAUGUUCAUGUAUCUGUCUUAUUGUGAAGGAAAGGCCCAGAGUUUAGAGAUAUUUUAUAUGAUAAAAGGAUGAAUGUGUUAAAACUUUAAAGGUUGGAUUACUGUCCAUGAAAACACGCAGGUGUUUUUCUUCAUUUCAGCCACCAAAGAAAGGAGAGCUGAGAUUAGCUGCCAUUUCUUUGGUUUAGAUGUAAAAAGCUGGUUUUCAGCCAUGAGUUGAUAUCAUUGAGCCACUAAAUGAAUAAAUGAAACUGAGAUUAUCUGGUGAUAACGAUAUGUGAAACUGUUAAUGUGAGGAGGGCUGUCUAAGUGAAGAGGGUGCAGAUUGAUGUAGCUGGAUGGAGCGGUGGAAAAACAAAACAAAUAUGGCGAGCUCCCCAGAAGAACUCUCAUCAGUUCACAGCACCGAAUCAGACCCCAACAACAGGAAACAGCUGCAGAGGUGUUGCAUGUCUCUGAGGAGUACGUCAAAACUUGGAAAUUAGUCCAACUGUUGUAUCGUCCCUGUGUAAUUUUAUGUGGUUAGCCUGAGCAGUCAGGUGUGAAGUAGUCGGCACAUAAAACACAAACUAGCACCAGCUGUACCUGCUAUAAUGUGCAUAAUAAACAACAACCAGCGUUGUCUGAGGGGCAGACAAAUGCAGAGGCAAAAAAAAAAACCUAAACUAAAAUGGCAAGUGCUACAGGAGAACUUGCACCAGUACCAAACCACAUGAUUGGCAAGACUGUGGACAAUUGUGUUGGUCUUUGCAACCAGCAAGAGUGUCUGGCCGGUCUGGCUCUAAUCUCUGACUCUGCAGCAGGUGGAGUGGGAGUGGUUUUGCAUGCAUGCCUCUGCAAAUAACUCCUGUUGUUACAUCACCACAGGAGCCACAGUAGCACAAUGCAAAGUCUUAUUAGCAUCCACAUCUUUGAGGUGACCAGGCUGGAGGGAGACUACAGUAUCUCGAAACAGAACAAGCUUGUUUUUUUUCUUUGUUUGUUUACAAUUUGGGACCUUUAUAAAUAAAACCCUUGUCUCUUGACGUCUUGUUACUGAAAGUCCCAACAAAUUUCUGUCAGUUCACCUCACAUAGUUGUGAGAUUUCCUUCUUGGAAUCAAAAAUGAGAAACCAACAACAAGCACGUUUCCUCCUAAGUGCUAGAAAUAGAUUCAGGAAACAUCAAAGUGUCGAGUUUCCAGGUUUGUGAGAAAAACCAAACAGCAUCAGUAAAAAGACGAGGCACAGAGGAACAGGGUGCAGAAAUAACACCUCAGAGAAAUCUGGAAAAUCUUCAGAUACAGAGUAAUAAAACACUGAACAGUGACAUUAAAAGAGAAAGUGUGUGUUUGAUGUAAUGUGCAGGGAGAGUGUGAGGAAGAUGGAGGGAGAGAGGAAGGUUUUUAAGGAGAUACAUGAGGAAAAGAGUGUGAAAAUGGAUUCUGUGCUCAGCUGAUGUCUGAGAAGGCUGACAGGACAGACAGAUGGAUGGAUGAUAGAGGGGAAGAGAGGAGAGAGAAGAUAGACAGACAGGUUUUGUCUGUCUUUCUUAAUCAUCUGGAGGGUAGAGAGAUGGAGAGGAACAUAAGAAAAGAGACAAAGACUGAAGAUGGAUUGUUUUAAGGUUGGGCAUCAAAGUCAAAAGAGAGAAAAGACAAAAACAGACAAAGAGGGAGUGUGUUUCUUCUUUGUGUGUUUUUCUUUCUCUCUCCUGUUUGGGGACUAUCUGUGAGGAGGUGGAGGGAUAGCAGGAGCCCCCUCCAUGUGACGGCGGAGGGAUACGCAAGGAAGAUGCUGGUUGCAUGUUAAUUAAGCAGAAUACUAAUUGGAAAGCCAGGAAAGAGAAGAGGGAGUGGAGACCAUCAGACAGUUUUAGACACCCCCCCCCCCGCUUCUUCCUCCACCUCCUCCUCCUCUUCCUCUCUGCAGGAAACCACAGUCUGAUGAGAGGUAAUCAGGUUGUGAUUGGUUGGGCUCUUAGCUGAGCUGCAGUGGCUGUCGGACUUUAAGAUGACCCGUCUGUCUGCCUGUGAUAAAGGAAAGUACAAAUAUUUUAAAUAAUCUGACUAACAAGGUGUUUUGCAUCUCAUAAAAGCAUAAAAUAAUCAGGCAUAAAACCGAUCUGAUAAAGCUUAUUUCUUUUGCCUUUUUUCCUCUGAAGGAGAAUCCAUCCUUAGAGGAAAUGAAGCUGAUUCAGUUACUUUAAUUUGGAGACAUGGAUAAAAUAAUGAUACUAAAAGUUGAAACUUAUUUGAAGAACUUUUGAUGUUAAUACUCACCAAAUAUAAUAGCAGAUUUUAUUCAUAGUUAUUGAAAAAUAAGAAACCGAAUUCGCCCACGCUCCAGAGUGCGAGCUGUUCCGCGCGCGGCGCUUCCUGUGUGACGCCUGGUUCACACAGGAAGCGCCGCGUGCGGAAGCGCUCUGGAGCGCAACCGCUCUGGAGCGCAACCGCUCCGCUUCUCUCUAUUUUUUGCGCUAGCCGCGGGCGCCCCAAGCACCAAUUGUAAAGCUGGACAGAGCAGAUAGGACCAGACAGGAAGACGGGAAAAGGAGAUGCGAGAGAACCCGGUCAAUUUUCAAAAUAAAAUAUAUUUUAAUAAAUUAGAAAAAAAGGAUUUACGGUGUUGCUUGUCGGUCUAUUUUUUCCCGAUGAACACGCAUGUACGCACGAACGCACACACACACACACACACACACACACACACACACACACACACACACACACACACACACACACACACAGGGAGAGCUGCAGAGAUUUACUGAUGUUAAUGAAACAGAGGAAGGGGACUUUAUUACGAUAGAGUCAAUAGCCUCGAGCUAACAAGGCUACACAUACAAUGGAGUCAACAGACUCCCCAAUUCAUUCGUUGUUAACCCCUAUAUAAUAAUUUAAAACAAUACUUGAAGAUGCUCCCAAUAUUUAAUUUAUGUAUGACGUAAUAAAAACAUAAGUAAAUAUUGAUUACCCAUGUUUAAAGCGCUCCUAAGUGUGGAAAACUGAGGGCAGACGGAAACAGCCGAGCACUGCCGGGCUCAGUCGAUGUCUGACCGGCGCGUCAGAGCGCAGCAGAAAGCGCUUUAUGUCUGAACAGCCAAGCGCAUGCGCGUUGGUGCUGCGUGCGCAGCGCUGGCAUCCUGAGUGAACCAGGCGUGUAGAGUUGAACAGUGCAAUUCUGACUUUUUCAAAUCCGACCCAGGCCUCUUAUGUAUGUGGAUAUAAAUCGGAUAUGUAGCCGAUGUAACUGCAACGUCACCAUUGUUCGACAACACAAACAGGCUUGGAAAGCAAUGGCGGAUGAGGGAAUGGAGAACAGCCUGUUGUGCGCAUGCAGGUCACUUACGGAUGCAUUGCAUUCACAUUAGAUGCCGCAUUCAUUGUUGUAAUGUGAACGACCACACAAAAAGAUCGGGUUUAACAAAAAAUCCAAAUUGUGCAUCAUGACCUUCAGUGUGAACAUAGCCUUAUUUUGACGCACUGGACUGAUGAAACUACCACAACCUCGGUGUGAUGGCAUAGCUGCAAUUAGAAAUGUAAAGACGGUGAAACUCAUGAAAACACCUAUCAGACCCCAUCAACGGCCACAAAAUAAUUUUAUAUGCAGGAAGAGUCACUCAAAGAAACAAUCUGGGCCUGUCAGAGACAAAGUCUGGAGCUCUUUUCAGAUAUACUUUGAUCAGUACAUUUGCUCUAUAAGAAACAUUGAAGCCAGGGCUGUCACAACAUACUGGUAUGUACAAUAACAGUCUUUGAAAAGAAAUGAAAUAUUUUACCGUAUAAUGUCCUUAAAACUGUUUUUAGGCUUAUCAGGAUGUUUUAUUGCUGUAAUAAGAGCUUGUUUAAAGGUACCAGAACUCUCAACCUUAAAGCAGGGCAGCAUUAAAAUAAACAUGUUUGUGGGGUUGGCUGCAGAGCAGAGAUGUUAUGUUGGGUAAUGUUUGUCUCUGAGCUUCAGUAGAGCAGCUCAGUCAGAGAGCAUUGCAGAGGUGAUGCACAGAGAGGAACAUUCUCAAUUGAACUGUCUAAACCAAGUCUCUGGGUUUGAUAUUUUUACUUUUUCUUAGAGCUGCUGACCGAGUUCAGGGAAGAGAGUCUGAGAAACAGGAAGCAUAAAGGAAGAAUAAACGUAACCUUUGAGGGGCAGACAUUGAUUUUUUAUUUUUCAUGAUUUUUUAAAUAUUUUGUUGAGGAGGUAGAUGGAGAUGAAGAGAGAACAUUUUCUUUUUCUCUGGUAAUAAAAUCAAACCCUGAAGUUAGAGAGACAAGGUCUUUAUAAACAGCACUUUUUUUUUUUAAAGACUGUUUUUAUGGCAAAAAAGGUUUUAGAGGGACUGCAGCUGGAAGGUUUAUUCCUGAGACAGGUGGAUGAGGAUUAAGAAAACAGACUUUGAAGGAUGUUGAAUGUCACACACAUUUAAAGGCACAUCGGGCUGUCGUGAACACACACACAGACACACACAAACUCAUGACAGAAAUGAAAACUGAUGAGCUAUCGAGUGUUUUGGCAUCUUCUCAAGAAGAGUCACGCUGGCUAAAAAAAGAAACACAGUCACGUUUCAGAGCCAGUGAAACUUCAGGGGACACGAGGGAGGAGAGGAAAAACCUCCUCUGUCUGCUGCUGCUGUGAAAUCAAGUUCAUGGGCUGAGAAAGCCAGAAAAACAGUCAUCAGGUGGACAAAGCUCAUAAACAUCACAUUUUGGCAAAUAAAGCUCUGCCUGUUUGGCUUUAAUUAGAUUUAAUUUAAUUUAACUAUAAUUUCAAAGCUGCUCUAAUUUAUCCGUCCUUCAAAGUAUGUACAUUCAAGUUCAUGUUUUCACCACAGGCUCAGUUUGCUUUUCUCAUGCUCUUUUCAUGCAUGCUCUCCUAAAAAUUCUGGAAAAUUUUAGGAGCCACAAUCAUAAUCAUAAACAUUCUGACUGAUAACGAUUAUUAAAAAUGAUUACUCAUUAUUUCACACCUGCAUCACCUGCAUCUAUGCAACCAAAAAAAAUCUUAUUUCUGGGUGAGUAAAAACAGUUUUACUGUUUUUAUUCUGGAUUAUAUUUAUCAACAAAAAUCACAUAAAAUGGUGCUCUAAAGGACCUUGCUUCACUUCUUCUCUUAAUCCUUAGAGCUUUAACCUAAUUUUAAUAAUACUCAUAAACAGUGGCGGCUGCUGGUCUUUCAAGGAGGGGAAGCUCAUUUUUCUGGCCUACAUCAUAAUUGUGUUUGUUUAUUUGUAUGUAACAGAACAGAGUCGCCAAACACAACGGCAGUCGUUUUUAACAAAGACAAAUGUCGCUGAGGAUCGGUAAGGUCUCCGGAGCAGUUAAGAACAACAGAAUGAAUAACUUGGAAAAUGCUCUGGUAGAUGUUUUGUUCUUCAAGAUUGCUGAUUCGCCUGUUUAGCUGUCAAUCAAAAAAGGAUUUCGCCUCAGACAGCUCAUCCAAUCAUGGAUGCAGAAGCUCAGCGUCCACGAGAAAGUUGGGACCGCCCUCUCGUCAUAGAACUCCAGUGAAGCUGAGCGUCCGAUGGGCGGGACAAAGCCCAGCAUUUAUCCAAUUAGCGUCUUGUUUCGCUGCUGGAACAACCCACUUUGAGCUUCCACAUUGAAGUCAGCAGAAGCCCAGCGUCCGGCUGUGUGAAGCGCUGAGGCGCUGCGAGGAUGAAUGAGAACGAAGUUUAGACCUGUGAUUAUCAGCUUCUUAUCACAGUGUGAUAAGAAGCUGAUUCUGAACAAAAGAUGAAGGCUUUCUAGCGCGUAUUUAGGUAAUGAGAUGUACACACAGCAGUACGUAUUUCACCACUUUUUCUUUUUUUUUGGGGGGGGGUGACAUUUUAAGGGAAGCUGAGCUUCCCUUGCAGUCUUAGAGCAAUCGCCACUGCUCAUAAAUGAAGUGCCAGAUUUCUCUUAGAGUAAAGAGUUUUAGCUGACCGAUUUAAGCUCUUUCACCACUUGUAUUAUAUCACUGGCUGCAGAUCCAACAAAUCAUUCAGUCUCAGUAUAACAGUCUCUAUGGGGCUCUUGGGCUUGAGUCUUGUUCUGUUUUGUCACAUUGACUUGUCACUUUUUAGCCCAGCAGUCUUAGACAAACACACCCAGGGUAGGACCGCACGAUUUGGGCCAAAAACAAUAUCCCAAUUCUUUUCUCUGAAAAAAGAUUUUUUAUUCAGUGACGACUUCACCAAACAAACACCAUGGGGAGCAGAGCAUUCAGUCGCUCUGCUCCCUGGCUCUGGAACUCAUUACCAACCGAUCUCAGGAACACUGACUCUUUCACCCUUUUCAAAUCAAGACUCAAAACACAUCUGUUCAGAACUGCCUAUCCACCAUAAUGUCCAUUUCUCUGUCUCUUUUGUUUGUCCUUAUUUACUUAUUUAUUUAUUUAUUAUUUUGGUUACUGUUCUUAAAUGUGUUUUAAAUGUUUUAUGCUGUUUUUAAUGUGAUUUGUACGGUGACCUUAAAUGUGAGAGAGGAGCCUUCAAAUCAAAUUUAUUACCUCCGCCAAGGAGGUUAUGUCUUCGGAAGCGUUGGUUUGUUUGUUGUUUUGUUUGUUUGUUUGAUGGUUUGUUUGUCUGUUAGCAACUUUACAGAGAAAGUUACAGACGGAUUGACCUGAAAUUUUCACCAGAGGUGCGUCUCAGCCCCAGGAGGAUCCCAUUAAAUUUUGGUGGUGAGCCGGAUCGCCUUCUGGAUCCAGGAAUUUUUUGAAGGAUUCUUUAUCAUUGUGAGAUAGGGCAAAUUUUUGCAUUUAACUCUAUAAAAAUGGUCAGAGUCUUUAGUAAAAAAUUACACAAAAGGAUCUCAAUGAGUUUUAUGAGGUGUCAAAGGUUGAUCCUGAUCCAGACAAAAUUCUGGAUACUGUGAUCCAGAACACACAAAAAUAAGGGUGUCGUUGGAAUUUUCAAUGCUGAAAGAUAACAGAUGAAGAUACAAGGAAGUGUACGCUUACAAAUACUGCAUAAUAAAUCAUGCAUUUAUGUAUCUAAUAUGAGCUUUGUUGUUUUAGGAACAUUAUGAACAGUGAACAUACCAGUUUAAACACAAAUAAACGUUAAUAAAAGACACGUAACAGUAAAAGUUUUGGUGUGAAUCACAAUACAAGGGGGGACAUGAGCUGCUUGGCGGAGGUCUGCGCUCUCCGAGUGCUUUUCUAGUUAUUAUUAUUAUAAUUAUUAACUUCUCUUUAAUAAGUUUUUCUAUCAUCUCUCAAAAUGAAACCACUGAAAAUGGUGUAGUGCAUAUGCCAAGCCAGUAAGUGGCGCUGUAACACUGCCAAUGCACAAAUGCCCGAAAGACAGAAGAGUUCAAGGCAUGCGUAUAAAGGUUGUUUUGGCCAGACACAUGCAGCCACCAUAAAAGAGUUACGCUGUGUGUUUCCAGAGAUGCAGAUAGACAUCCACACAGAGAUGAAAUGGUCAUCCUUUACAGAUUUAUGCACUCUCUGACUCUUUAUAAAAAAGUACCGUGUACAGUCACCCAAAAUGGUUGGCCUGGUUGCCCUGGACUGAUGGCUGCUGCAGACCUUCCUGACUCUAGCCGCAUCGUCUAUGAUUGUCCGCCUCAGGCCCUGAGCUCCUUCUUCUCUUGGAUUCCUCUGGACUGUUACUGCAGACAUGAACAUCAGCCUCACUGACGUUAAUAACAUAAAACUAGAGCUGACUAUGAUUAGGCCUCCUGACUGUAAUCACAUUUAAUUAAUUUAACAUUGUCCAUAAUCACUCAUAUCCUAACCCUGUAAACUGAACUCAUUUUUGUUUCACCAUUACAUGAGCUGUUGUUGUUGUUGCUGUUGUUUCUGCUGUCCCCUGUCUCUCUCUCACCCUUGUUCUCUACUCUCUCUCCCUCUCCUUACUUAUUCUCUCUCGCCUUCCCCUAUCUUGUUGUCUCUCUCCCUCCCCCUGUCCUCUCCCCUCUCCCCUCUUCUCUCUACAUUCCUCCCCAACCCAGCAGCGGCAAGGUGACUGUGUAGCAUGAGUCGGGUCCUGCCCAAGGUUUCUGCCUGUUAAAAGGAAGUUUCUUCUUGCCACUGCUACUCAUGUUAGAUGAGAUGGGCCAAAACCCAUCUUAGGUUGGUUCUUGAUCAUCAAACAAUGAGCGUGUUCUAGACCUGCUCUUGUUCCUUGAAAAGCGUCUUGAGAUGACGACAGAUGUGAAUUGGCGCUACAUAAAUAUAAUUGAUUGAUUGAUUGAAAAUGCCGUUUCCUCCUGAAUUUGUAUCCGUGUGGAUGGGUUGAUACCGCCUUCAGUCAGACUUUGCAGUGGGGAGUGGUUUUCUCUUUGUCUGCGAAGCCUUACCAAUUCCAAGAGACUGACUUGCUCUUGCCCAUUUUAGCCACAAAAUUAUCACCUUCUUUUGCAAACACCAUGUUUGUUUACACUGGUGUAUGUGGGAACUAGGGAGUGCUCCCACAGGAAGGGGGAGCCUAGGUGGCCUGGAGGUGGCCUUGAGGAUUUUAAUUUUUUUUAACAUCAUCAUAAUCAAAUAAUCUGAUUAUGAUUUAAAAUAGAUUAAUUGUGCAGCCCUAACCCAGGGGCACCAAGGUGGGCAUGGGGUCACUUGGUCAGUGGGAGUAAAUAAGACAAGUGCAUGGGAUAAAAGUAGCUGACACUUGUACUGCAUUCCAGGUGCACAAUAGAGUCUUGUGUUGCAGCCAUUACUGCCUGUUUGAGUGCUGGAGCAGUUUACUGACUGUCUGCAGCUGGAAAUCUAUAAAGACUGUCCCAGGUUUAAACAUGCUGAAAUUUCCUUUUAAGUUAUGACUAAUCACAUCAGAGCGGCUCCUACUGAAGAGAACACAGAAAAUAAUUACCUUCCUCCAUUUGUUAAAAUGAGUGACAAACCUGUUCCCAGUCUCUCAUCCAUCUGUGACGGGCUUUGGUGUUUGGUGACGGUGGCAACCUUCAGGCAAAUGGAAGAGCCAGAAGUCGUGUGUUGAAGUGAAAUCUCGUUUUUAAGCUUUAAUGCGUCCAAAUGUGAUUUGUGCCGCUGGCUCAUCACAUAACUGAGGUUAAUGGUUUUCAAAUGUCAAGCUGAGGGAGAGAGGGAGGUUUAUUUCACCAGGCUGAGUCCUCGGACUACAGCAGAAGCCUUGAAGUCUUUAUUUUCUGACAGGACUAGAGGACGUGGUUUUCUCCCUCUGUGUUGUUGACUAUUUGGAGUCAUUACUUUCGCCAAAUUUAACAACCAGUUUGAACCAUUUUGAAACGAAUUGAGCUUUUUUCAUGGUGCUGAACUUCAUCCGCCAGAUUUCAUUUCCAAGCUGUUACCUCCUGCUUUCUCAGACAUUUGCUCAUCAGAGUGAUUUUCUUUCAUCUGAGGUGCUCUGUGCUCCCUUCAUUAGUGCAUAUUUGUCUUUUAUCAGGGUUUCAUUAGUUUCCUAAUUAGAGGAAAGAAAGGAGGAUCUUCACUGAAGCUGAUAUAUGCGACAGAAGAGUGAACAAAAGCAGCAGACAGGGUUGGAUGUGUUGUAAAAGGACUUGUCUUUUGUGUCUUCAAACUAAUAACAUAUUCAAACUAUAACGUAGCUUAAUUGUGUCGCACUUCUUUUUUUUUUUCAAAAAAUGUUCAGAUGAUUUAAAAUAACUUCAACACAAAAACCAACCAUGCUUUUUGAAAAUCCUGAUUCCUCUCAGAGUUUUUAGGAAGAAAUUCAAGGAUUUGAUGCUGUGGUUCAUGACAUGUUAGUCGCUGAAGCAUACAAAUAUGAAUUUCAAGGCAAUGUCUUGAAGUGGCUCUGUGAUUAUGUAUAUAGUAGACAACAGUACAUUAACAUAAACAGUCUGAGAAAGCUGGUAUACAUUAUGGAGUAUCACAAGGUUCCAUUUUAGGGCCACUUUAAUUUCUCACUUACAUCUGCUUUCUUGCAUCACAAGUCUUCUAAAAACGUCUGGAGAGCUUCAACAUUUCACUCUCAAUGCUAAAAACAGUAGUUGUCUGCUCUCCAUGUUCAAAUGUUGCUCCUACAGACUCUUUACCAGAGUAAUUUCUCUAAGCUAUGCACAGACACUUCUCCAUCUUUCAUUACUUGAAUAAAAACUUUGUGUUUUUGUCUCAGUUGAUCCAGUACGAACUGUUGUGUCUCUGUCCUUUGUGGUGGACAGGUGUGCUGGUGGUGAAUGUGACAUGGAGGAAGAGGACCUACGUGGGAACUCUGCUGGACUGCACUAAACAUGACUGGGCUCCACCAAGGUGAUGCAUACCACAACCUGUUGUACUUUCUUUGCCACUCCAGAGAAAACUGUCUCAACACAAGACACAAGAAGCAAAGAGAAUUGUCAGCAAAACCAGACAAUUUUCACAUGGGGCCCUACUGGCCCAGCAAUCCAAGAAUGCACCAAAUAGAGAGGUUGUGUUUCAAGUAGACAGGCAGGUAAAGCUUUAUUCUGCGGCUCCUUUCCUUGUCACUUCCCACUCUCUCCUCAUUUUCUGCCCAAUCCAAUGUCUUAUUCUGUCAAAUAAAGGUACAAAAAAACUGAAAUAAUACAAAAAAAAAAAAAAAAAUCCAUAUAGCCUCUCAUUUUACACACCCUUUAGAAGAGACCAGAGCUGGGAGGUUGAAUUUAGACUUGGGGUGGGAAUUGAAAAAACAAAAAAAAACAAAAAAAAACGGUUGUGAUCAGAACUCAUUCCAGCUAGUUUGAGCCAUCCCUUGUCUUUGAGCAUAUAACAGAACAGGAGUGGUCCAAAUCACUGUCAUAUACAACGAAAUAAUGUUGUGCUUACAGGAUCAGCUCUAUAAAUUGAAAAGUAUGACAUAAUAGUUUCCUAUUAGGUCUACUGAACAUGCUAAUAGAAGACUGCCAUUGUUGUUUAGGCUUGUUGACCAAUAGGAGGUGGUAUCUGUGAUCAGCUGACCUUUUAAGGCCCAAGAAGAGGCUAGGCGUCCCUGUCCCAACACAACGGUGUAGUCCAACUGGCAGGAGACUCAGGGUAGGCCUGGUUCUUGCUUGAGCGAUCGUGUAUCAUACAGCUCAGGUACCCCAGACACUUAGCUGGAAAAUGUUGGUGGCGAGGGAAGAGUGGAACAUUUUGAAUGAAUUGACCCUGCAAAAAGGGAAGAGAAAACCUUGGCAGCAAUGCCCCCUGUUUGGUACUAUUCUAUAUCAUUUGUUGAAAUUGUCCCCAUGCUUGGACAUUUUUGACUGCCAGCUUAUUCUAAAUGUAACCGCCCAUAUUUCUCCAACUUGGCUGUGAUUUGUUUGUUGUGUCACCACAGAACAGCAGGGAGCAAAAGACACUGGUCUAAAUUUUGACCACAAGCAAGCAUGUGAAGUUAAUGCUAAGCCGAGUGUUUCUGCUGUUAGUCUGUGAUAAAGGCACAGCAUUUAAUGCAUCUAAAUAUUAGAAACCAGACUGACUUAGAUGGUGAACUCAGGCUUAGAGUUAUAUUGGAAAUGAGUCUGAGUCACAUGGUUCACACAUGUUAAUGACAGUAUUAUUACAUCUGAGGUCUGCUUGGUUUAUUUCCCCCUUUGAUCAUUGUUUCAACCAUUGUUUUUCUUAUUAGCUUUUAUUUGCUGAUGAUUGCUCAUUGAUUAACCAAUAAGAGCAGUCAUUUUUUUAAAGUCCUUAGUUGUUGCUUCAAUGACCAGGAAACUAAAUUGGCUGUGGGGCUUUCAGCUGUUGUUUCGUGAUGAGCUCUGACAAAAAGACUCUCCACUCUGCAUCCAGACCGCUUCACAAAUGGAGGUUUUUUGUUUUUGUAAUUGCUGAGUGGAAAAUGUGACAGCCUGUCCUCACAGGGCUGAAACCUCUCAAUUAAUGCUCCAGUAUGUAAAUGAUUGUUGUCAUGGCAAUUACAACUUCAUCUCAGCUACCAGGGACUAAAUUGUUCUUUUUUUAUUUGGACUCUUUCCAAUGUGGACAUCUGUCAUUGGAGACUGAAUGCUCUUUGUUAUAUAAUUUAAUGGAAAAUGCCGUCUUUUUUAAUGAUUUAUAAUUUGGCAUUGAAUGCAACUCUGGUUUAACAAUAAAAGAUGCAAUUUUUGAAGAAAGGACUGAAUUAGCAACUCGCACAAUAGGAACAAACCUAUAAAACUGAUUCUUCAAAACCCUCUGGCACCUACAUAUGUCUUUGGGAACUAUGGCCAACCAUACCCAAGACGUCCUUUUCAUGCUGCACUGUUUCAGGCUCAAGAGUGCUGAGAAGUUUACACCUAGAUACAGUAUGUUUGGAAAGUAAACCCUGAUCUUUCAUCACACCACCUAAAGGGCACUUAUUCACAGAAGGUCUCAGUUUCUCUGUAAAUAAAAAUGAAGAAAAAAUGAAGAAAAAAAAUCUGUGUAAGAAAUUAAUGGUAAUUUUUAGAUGUUACGUUUUCUGAAAUAAUAUCAUGAUACAGGUAGGUUGAAAGUCAAGCUUUGUUAGGUCUGUCUUUGAGAGGAGAAAAAACUACUUUUAUUACAUUUCUUUGUCAAAUAGAGGUUGGAUCCAUCAUUUUUUAUGUCAGGAAGUUAUGAAAUCUAAACGCUGAUUGUCUCAAGUGACUCAGCAGCAAUUGGAUAAGUGCCUCAGUGUAAAUGUUUGAUCUAGUUGAAUGCAUAUAUCUGUCAAAUUGCAGCUAGUAAGAGCCAGGAUGUCAUCUUGGUGGAUUUCAUUGCACUUCCUUUUGCAUGACAUAUGUGGACUACUUUAUAUUUGCAUACUCAGGUACUACAAACAAAAACUUGAACAUCUCGGUACAAUUGUGGUUGCAGUAAAAUGUAAAUGCCAUUUGAGUCCAAUACAAAUUUCCCAAAAGGGUCAUAUUGUAUCAUAUCGUAUCGUACCUUUCAUAUCUAAAUCCAGGUCCCAUCCACAGAUUCCACAUUUUUCAGUGGAGCACUUCCUCCACCAACACUUUAAGGGCUCCUAUGACUAGUUGGUUAGAUAGAUGAAUUAAUCAAAAGAAAGCUAAUUCCAAAAAGUUGGAACUGUUCUGGCAAUUUUUUAGCCAAACUGUCAAUGAGUUACCUUUUCUUGCCUUCAUGUAUGAUGAUUUUGAGUUUUUUGUAUAUCCAAGGAAUCAUCUAUUAUUAAUAGGUGGAUGCAAAUUAGAAUUCCAUCAGAGUAAUGAGGGAUACUGUAGGUGACCAUCUCUGUUGCAGAUGCACGUGCUGCAGGUAAGGAUGAGGGUUCACUUUUCCCUUAUCAGAGACAGUUGGGGUCUAGUAGCUCCUUAGGCUACUUUUAUGUCUGUGCUCAUUAAAUGUCAGUAUUUCCCAGCUCUGACAGACCAGCCUGUCAUAGACAUUUGCCACGGUCUCAACAGGCAGAGGUAUGUUGGCAUGUUAUUGGUACUACAAAUGAAGCCAGAACCCUCUCUAUAUUAAACUCAGACCCUCAAGCACAAGUUUAUUAGAGUUUGUAAAACAAGAUUACAGAGUGUUACAAGUGUUUUAAUUUUAAGCUUUGGUAAUUUUUUUGAAAUUAUCUAAAUCACUCAGUCAGUCCAAUUGCUUUUUAAAUAGAGGUGACAAAUCCCCUCGAAAUGCCAAAAUAAAAACAUGAAAUUUCCACUGGAUCUUCCAGUAAAUUUACUGGCAUUCAGGGACACAGUGAUGUGAAAAAGCAAUUACAAACAUCUGAGGAAACAUGAGAUAUCAUCAUCUUUGAAUCACAGAGGGGGUCCAGUCUUGACGUGCAUUGCAGUCCCUUCCAUUAAUAAGGUGAUUAAAACCCAAAACAGUCUUUCCAAGGUCAGAAUUUAUUCCCUGAGUAUUCAACACCAACCGUCCCUGUGAUGUAGUUUGGUAAUUAAUGCAUUAAAAGACCAGCACAGAUGCAAGGGUGCAGGUUGUAGCUUCAAAAUAGAGCCUAACUCUGCAUAUGAAUAUGAGUCAGUGUAUUCCCCUCUUCCCAGCAGGCACUUUUUUGAUGAAAAUAACAAUGUGUGAGUGUGGAGAAGAAUAUCCUGUGUUCAGAUCUGAGGCACUCCUCUAAACAGCAUCAAAAGACUUCAAAGUACAGAGGACAGCAUGUGAAUACAAAUGUCUCAGUAUCAUAUGCUGAGAUAACCGUGGAUUGUGCAGAUUUUUAUGUUUUCAAAAGAUAAGCAGACUUCGUACGGAAAGAAAAUCAAUUUUUUAUCCUCAACAUCAGGGCAAAGUGGUCCACACGAGCUUCAAAUAUUAAUCAGUCAUAUUUCCAAGGCAUGGAACAAGAGUUUAAAUCAGGUGACAAAUUGAACAAGUUGUUUAAAAGCUUUUGAAGAACAACACGUCAACUGGAAAGCUUUGUGCUCAGUGUCAGGUUUUUCUGAUUGUUCAUCAAGGCUCAAAAACAAUUAGGGAGCCUGAUGCAACAUGAUGUGAAAUAAAAUGGUACAAUGUGAAAAAACUGGAAAGAUUUUAAGUAGCCUAGUGAGCAGGCUGAUUACCAAAGUCUGGGCCAAAACUAGGACGUGUCUGCCUUAUCAUGGUAUAUUAAGCUGUUCCCUGCAAGUCCUAGUUAUCGUUAAAGCAGGGGUUCAAAUUCAGAUCCAAAAACCAUCACAUUGUAGCCUUUAUGGAGGGUCUGCAGCCUCUCAUUUCCUAACCUCAUUAUUCAUGCCGUGGUAUGAGUGGGCAGAGAGGCUAUGAUAAUGAGAUGCUGUGCUGAUUGGCUGCCUAGAUGUUGUCCAGCAGGCCAGGGGACUGAUGCAGUCAGAUGCAGAGUCGGAAAAACACCUAAUGGCAAGUACCCCAGAAGAACCCAUGCCAGUACUGAGCUAAAUGUCUCUUGUAAUAAACCGUGAAUACUUCGGUGGUGUUUGCAGCUUCUAACAGAGCAGCUGGCGUGUCUGGCUCCAACUUGUCAUACCUUAAUUUGCAACACUAAAGCAAUGCCACAACAGUGUAGGAGAAAGUGGAAUGUUUUAAGAGAGAGAGAGAGGGGAGAGUGGGAGUUGUUUUGCAUGCAUACCGUUGAAAAACCCUCCUGUUGUUGAGUCACCACGUGAGCCCAUUUCAGUCACCUUGUAGAAGCUCCUUUUUCCAGAAAGAAUGCUUUCUUGAUUCUGCAUUCUCAGGGCUGGAGGAUGACUAACUUAUACUAAAACAGGCUUAGAUAAAAGUGUUUUUUUUUUUUUGUUAUUUGUGACUGUAGCCACUGGUGAGCAAAGGAGAAAAAAGUGUAUACCUCUAAAGCAACAAACUUCUGUUAUAUAUGUUUGGGCUGAGAAUACACCAAACAUCAGUAUAAAUAACAGGAUGGAGUGUCAUCUCAACCUUUGUGAGUGAAGUGUUUAUGACCCACAACCAAAUUUAAUGGUACUGUGUUAUGUUAAUGUUUAGCUUGAACUGAGCACUCAUGUUAAAUGGGAACAGAGGAUUUUUUUUUCCUAUCAAAUUUCCUUUGGAGACUCCCACUAUCACAAUUUGGUGUUGGUUUGUGGUUCAUCACUGUGUCUAAAUAACGCUGUGACAGCUGUGCCAUAAACAGUCAGGGAAAUAUAAAAUCAUACAUUAGUAAUAUCACAUACAGCUUAUCCUCACCAUCAAUCCACACCUCAUCACUAAUCCAAAAGGCAUUUCUAGUCUAUAACAAUAUGGUGUCUAAAAACAUGUUUUUUAUGAUCAUCCGUCCAGGUUUUGUGAAUCUCCUUCCAGUGAUCCUGAGUUGCCAGGGGGGCGUGGCCGGGGUAAAAGGAUGCGGAUGGCCCUUGGUGAGCGGCCCUGUAUUGAACCAGCCCCUGCUACCAAAGUCAGAGGUUUAUCACAGCACAGGAGCCGUGGAGGUGGGGUGGCUGGAACUACUGCUACCAUCCACAACAAGGGACGGAGAGGGAGCCUGAACCUUAUCAACAGCAACUGCCGAGCACCUCCUUCUUUCUUUACUGUGGAUGAGGUGAAACCCGCCAACAGCACCUCCUCUCUCUCCUCAGGGAAGCGAAAGAACAAACCACCAGCUGAGCUCGACCUCAGCUUGGUCUCCUCUGAGGACAUUAAAAACGGGAAUGGUAAGCGGAUCCGAGCCAAAUCCCGCAGUGCCCCAUCCACACCACAGGGCAAAUCUGACCCCUCGUUCAUGGACCCUGGGGGAGGCUGUGCUUCCUCACCACCUCCCCCGCCCAUCCUCAUUGACUGCCCCCACCCCAACUGCACUAAACGCUACAAGCACAUCAAUGGCCUGCGCUACCAUCAGACACAUGCACACCUUGAAGUCGAGGAGCAGAGAAAGCCUGAGCUGGAGCCCACAAAGGAUGGAGAGAGUGAAGAACGACUGUCCGACUGUGAUGACACAAUAGGCAACUUGACAUUUGACCUCUCUGAAACGAACAACAGCAGUAAUGCAAACAGCUCCUCUAAGAAACCGGCCCCUCUUUAUAAGGUGACCACAGUAGGGUCUCCUAAGAACAGGCGGCUGCUCCUUAGUACCGACCACAGCCCCACAGCCAACUCCAAAACCAGAAGAACCUCACUGCUGAAAGAUGGCCUCAUUGAUGACCUUAGCAAUCUGCCCAUCAUCUCUAACAUGACUGUAGUUCUGGAAAACUGCAUGGUCCCUGACAGAAACUCAACAGUGGAGAUGCCCAAGCUGGAAGCUGAAGGUCUGAUAGAUAAAAAGGGUACUGCAUGUGACAAGGGCAAGAAGGCAAACGGGAAGGUGGAGAAGUUGUCCAAGUCACGAACCAACCGUCUGAUUGCCCCUGCACCUGCCCCUCCAAAGCUGAUAGCCAUACCCAACACAGCAUAUCCAGCAGGCACAGCAGAUAGUGCUACCUCGCAGCAGCCCUCACCAAUGGCAGCAGUAGGCCUGACCAGUAAAAACCUUCCCUUGAAACCCAUCAAACCAAAGCUGAGCAUCGUUGUUGAACCGAACCUUGUCAAGACCACCUUGGUUACCUGCAGCAAAGAGACCAGAAAGAAAGAGAAGCGGCGGCUGAAGGACAAACAUAAAGAUUUGCCAAUCCGCACGCCUAAUGGUGAUAAUGGAAUCAAACUGGAAGACAGUGGUGGUGGUCCAAAAAUGGGCGUCAAGGAAAUCUCUGGAAGCCUUUUGAAGGAGCACCUCAGUAAGCAGGAUGUAAUAAAUGGGCUGAGUGAGAGCCAAGAGAGCAGGAUGGCCAGCAUUCGAGCUGAGGCUGACAAGGUCUACACCUUCACGGACAACGCCCCUAGUCCUUCCAUCGGUGGUUCAUCACGGCUCGACUCCAGCAGUGGUUGCCUUGUCACAGCAGACAGCAAUAGUAAGAACAACAGUCCUGCUUACUCCGACAUCUCAGAUGCCGGGGAUGAUGGAGGGUCUUCAGAAUGUCGCUCAGAUGGAAUCAGGUCCAAGUCCAGCUCCUCUGCCUCAUCAGAGGUGAGCUCUAACUGUAACCAUGGUAGCUCUGGUAAGACACCCCCCACAGCACCUGCCCUAUCAUCAAAAGACCCCCAGUCCCCUUAUUACCACAACUAUGAUCCCUAUUACCUUCAAGGAUACAUGCAGUCAGACCGGCAAAACAGUGCAAGUGUCGCUUUCCACAAGAACUCAGCUCUUGAUGGCAAAGGGAAAGACAGAAAGGACGAAGUGAAAGAGGACGAUAAAAGCUCUGCCCAUGAGUUUUCGGAGUCAAAGAAAGGUGAAGGACCACCUCAGUCGCAGCUCCAGUUGGCUAUGAGUCAGACCCAGACUGCCUUGGCCCAGUCGCUCUACUAUGGCCAGUACUCCAGGGGACUGUACAUGGACCAGAAACUGCUAAUGGGCUCCAAAUGCUGUGACCAGUUGCACAGUGGCAAGCAGAGGGGUGAGAGGGGACAGGGAGUGAGGGACAGUGAGGAGGAAAAACACAUGGUUGGGGGUUCAGCUGGUGGACCGAUGCUAGCUAAAGGUCCAGAUGGUGCUAAAGGCUGCUGCCCCAAACCUGUCCUGUCCUACGUGGAGAUGAGUGAAAGGGGAGAAAGGGGACAGGGUCUGGGCAUAAAAGCGGUGCAUGGUGGCAUGGUGGAGCAGCACCAGGGCUUGAUGAAAGACUGUGAUGACAUGAAGUCAUCUUCCUCUUCCUCUUCAUCAUCACUCCACAACCCAAACAGUCAGACAGAUCUGGACUCAAAUGUUUCCUUUUCCAGUGUAAGUUUCUCCCUCUGUCUAUAACCUGCCGCCGCCGCCGAUGAUGAUAAUAAUGAUGCUGUUGUUGGUGUGCUUUAAUGACUGUUGUUGAGUGUCACAGAGAGAUUAAUCAUACAUUGUGCACAGCCAAACCAAUAGGUGCUAACAACAAAAACCAUAUGGCUUCUGGUGCUGAAGCUCUUUAGUUGACAUCAAAAUCAUGUGGUUUGAUUUGAUGGAUGCAAAUGUUUAAUGUUUAGAGUAAUGGCAAAAAUGUACCUUUAGCUCUAAGUGUGAAACAUAAAGAACAAAAUAUUUCUAUUUCAUAAGUGUUGGUUUUCAUGCAAGCGUGUACAGAUUUUUAAUCAUGUCAUAGCAUGAUGCAGAUAACCACUAACUCUGGCCUUGCUGGCUGGUAACAAAGGAUGAAUGAAUCAACUAGAGCCGUGUUUGGCAGGGUUGUUUCUUCUCUUCAGUUUGGCUAAACUUCUGCCAUUGGUCAUGUAUGAGACAUGACUUCAUUCGUGUCAUUGAGAGGGAUGCCACAAUCCUCACAUCCCACCUGUGAAUGGCCACCUGCUGUUGAAACGCCGUCAUCCUUCAUCAACAUCACACCUAGAGCCAGUGAUAGAUGCUCUGUCUAUGGUUCUGUUCACUCAACAGUGUUUCCUCUAUAGUCGUUCAGCAGCGGUGGGCCACCACAGUGAGAAAUUCCCAACCAUGCUCAAAAGAAAAUGUAUAAGUUAUGAUUAGCCAUCCUUUCCCUCCAAAAACUACUUGAGACAAAAGUUUAGAUUAAAACUGACAUUUUGUUUAAAGUCUGUAACUGGCAGUGUAAUCAAAAACUGGGACAAAGACUUGGACCGGAGUUGAACUGACUCUAAAAUGACCUCCACCCACCACUGUUAACAAAACAUUAUAGUGGAAACACUGCAACUAGCACCAACUCUUUUCCCCAAUCGAUCUAGCCCUCAGAUGGCCCAGCCUGGGCUCACUGCCUGCCUCACAGCAAAUACUCAGAGCUACAGAGUCAACAUGGGGAGGAGGCCGAGGAGGGUGAAGUAGACAGGGGAAAAGAGUGGGGAGUGACCGUGGAGCCUACCGGGGCCAAGAUGACCUCUGGUGGAGGACCUGGUGGAGAGAGGGGCGGGGGCCUUGGCGGGGAUGCUAAAAAAGCCAGGAUCCAUGGAUCCCAAGACCUCCUACCUGUCAUUGAUGCAGAGGAUUCUGACAGGCUGGAGGGGCUUGAUGAUGGAAGCCAGGAGCCAAUGGGAGGGCUCUCUGAGGAGUCCCAGAGUGCCAGAGCAGCGGUGUCUCCACCCAUGACCCCCCAGCAGCCCUACAUCCAGUACCAGCACUCCUCCUACCAGCCCUACCUGUCAAUGUGUGAGAGCGGUGGGGGCUCCUACAGAGGUGUGUCACCAACCCUGAUCCACAACUACCCAGGUAAGAACCUGAGCAAAGGUAGGGAUUUUCUUCAGAGCGUAAAUGAUGGUUUACUUCGACCAAAGUGGGCAGGGUUUAUAGCCGUUGACAUGUUGCUGCUGCAGCUGAAGGGAUUUAGCUAAUGAAUAGUUCAUUAAAGUUCAGCACUGAGGGUGUUUGAUUCAUUGUUUGAAGUAUUGCAGAUUUAAGUUUAAGUGUUUUAGCCUCAUCAACAGAGUAACAGUGUCAGUGUGUUCAACUCUGAAAGAGGCAGACUUGAAAAGUCAGAGCCAAAGCAGGGGAACUGUCGGCUCAGAAAUAAGAGAUAAAAGCUUUCGAUUCUUGAUGCUGAAAGCAGUUAAAGGCAGAAGUACAGCCAGUUUAAAUCAGAGAAAUAAGAACAUUGGAAAAGCCGUCGGCUUUGGUGCCAUACUAUGCUUUUUAUCCUCUUUUGGCUUCUUGUGUUGCCCUUGUUUCCAUGAAAAAAGCCCUGAUGAACUCACUCAAUACUAUCCUCUCAGCAACAAAAAGACAGUUAGACACCAGCAAGACAUUGGAACAUUUUCAGGAGUAUUGGACUCAGGGAGUAUUGGACUCAUAGAAGUCUGUUUGGAGCCCACUGUGUUGCUCUGGGUCAACCUGAAAUCUAUCAUAUAAUUUACCUAUGAACCGCUUAUUUGAUUCAAAAAUCUGAACAUUUUGGGAACAUUUUAUUUUUCCCUUUAUGGGAGCAAGCAUUUUAAAUCAUAAAAUGAAGUUCAAAAAGUGUGUUUGGCUGUCUGCGGCUGUGUGUGUGUGUGUGUUUUUCUGUGUUUUUCUGUCCACCAGGUUUCCACUACCCUCUGUAUGGUAAGACAGCGGGCAGGGAGGAGUCAGAGGUGACUCCGCCCAGCAGAGGGGGAGCAGUGAGCGGCAAGCAGAGUAGUGGAGACUCCUCAUCCUCAGCCAUGGAGCUGCUGCAGCAGCAGAGCCAUCAGUACCAUGGAAAAUCUCCUGCGGUGAGACUCACUUUACUGCCACUUCCACACUGCAGCUCACAUCACCAAAAUAUGACUAUUUGGACAACAGAGGCUUCAUAAGCAACCGAACAAGCGAAAGAUUUAGGAUGUGGGCCUAGUGUUAGACCUACAACUCUGAUGUUGGGGCAGUGGAGUAACUAGGAUGUCAGUGGAGUUGGGUGAUUUAAAAAAGUGAUGUUACAUUAAUAACUGGUUUAAAAAUAAUGAGUUUCUGUUAAUUUGUUAGACAUGUAGACCUUUAACUUGAGCCUGUCAGUGGCCAAAGAUAAAAGCUUGUACAAGACAUUAUCUGACACCCUUAACACGACUGGAUGAAAUACUCAAGACUCACAAGAGGAACACCCUUCAUACAUAAAACAACAAGCCUAAUUUCAAAGAGUAUAAAUCCAGAUGUGUGUUUUUAUAUUGUCCUGCAGCCCGGUGAGAAGGGUUCCCCUGAGGGAGAGAGAGAGACGGAAAGAGAGAGGAACCACGUGUCCUUUGCCAGACACCUUCACACACACCACCACACACACCUGGGCAUGAGCUACAACCUGAUGUCAGGACAGUACGACAUCUACCAAGGUACAGAUACACACUGAGACACACUAAGACAUGAACUUAAACAUAUCCAUAUGUGAGAGAAAGGUUGGUUUAAGAGGAAUCAGGUCUUAUUCUUCCCAUCAGUCCUUUAACAUGAAAACACAUGUAACUUUCACGUGUUGGCUAAAUACUUGUCUGAAGUUUAAGACUUCUAACCCCAAUAUGUAGUGGGUAACUGCUUGUAGUUUUUUGCCCAUUGGAGUCUGUUUUGAUUCGUUCAUAAAAUCCUUUCAGAUGUUCAUUACAACUGGCUUCAUCAGCACCGCCGUCUGCAUUGAAAUGAAAAUUUACGGCAUGCUGUAGAAACAGAUAUGCUUUGGUUUUUCCACAGCAAAGAUUCUCAUGAGCUGCAUGUGAGAUUUAUGUUCAGAAAACAUUAUUAACACCAUUACGGGACACUAGAGAGGCAAGUUACUGCUUUGUCCACAGGGGGCGCCAAAAUUAACACAAACAGCUGGUUCUUUCUGCUUUGUGUUGAAGGUUUGAGCUCCAGGUCUCUGGUCUCCAGUCAGCAGGUGUCAGGACACUCCUCCACAGGUGAGUCUGACAAUUAGAACUAAAUGUUGAUGAUCUUCAUACAGGAUUUACAGCUACGCUGGUUUACACAGGGCGUCAUUGCAAUAUCUCACUGUUUAUAUGUAGAGAUCUCGGGAAUCAUAAUAAGGGAAUCAGAUGCUUUUAGACGUUUCUUCUGCGUGCUGUAAUCUUGUUAAAUUCAGAACCUACACUAAUGCACAGACUUGUUCACUGUCCUACCUCUUGUAAGCUCUGUGAUUUUCUUUCCGGCUCUUGGAUGAUUUGUCUGCUCUCAGCUGAAUAUUUUGUCCUCCUCUUGAACCAGACUCACAGAUCAUCCACCAAAUUUGCAUUUUAUGAAUCAGACUGGCUAAAUUUUCCUUUUAUGAGAUGCAAACUGGGAGCAAAAUGAGGCUGAAGAUUGUCUGGUCUGCAGUCUGUCUGCUGGGUCAAUAAAUAGAUAUCUAACCCUCCUCUCCUGAGACUAAACACUCUCUGCCUGAACAGCUCUUCUUCAUUGUUGCCAGAGUUUUCAUCCUGCAGAUCAUUAUCUAAUCUGGCAUUUUUUAAAAUUUAUAUAUUUAUAUAAUCCAUAUAUCUCUACUUUUGUCUGAAUGUGUGAAAUAUUGCAGAGGGAACCUGCCGGGCAGUAUAACACCAUAAUGUGAUGAUUACCUCAAAGAAAUAAAGACUGCAGUUAAUUGUAAAAGGUGAUUGCUCUGAAAGAAGCAGAUUAACAGACAAGAUGCUGAUAGAGACAGAAAUUACACAAUGGGAGUUCAACGCAGAAAAAUACAUGCUGGGAAUAAUAUUUACAUGAAUUAAGAUGUUGGCCUUUUUGGGGGACAGACAGGACUACAUCAGUCUAGUUUCGUAGUUUUGUAGGACUCUUUUCCUACAGAUCCAUGCUGUUGUAGUCCCUGUUAUCAGAAUGUGGUCCUCCUGAAAUAUGAAAAUCUUCUCUGAAAAAGUCUUUGCCUGGAUGGCAGCAGAUGUUGCUCCUAAACCUGUUGAUUUUGUUCAGCAUUAAUGGAAGCCCUUUUAUGACAUGGACUCUGAUGAUCCCUGUACCAUCAGGGAUGCUGGAUUUGAACUGGCAGCUGAGAACAUGUUGGAUGGACCCUCUACACUUUAGAGAGGAGGAUACAGAGUCCAUGUUUUCCAAAAAGAAGGUCAGAUUCUGACCCAUCAGACCACAGGACAGUUUUACUCUUACCCUCAGUCCACCGUAAACAGGCUCAGGUUCAGAGAAGUCUCUGGUUUCUCUAGAUCUUUUUUCUAUCUGUUUUCCUUUUUGUACGGCCCAGUUUGAACCUCAUUUGUGGAUGCAUUGAUGAACUGUGUUAACAGCCAGUGGUUUUUGAAGUGAUUCAGAGCCCAUGCAGUGAUUUCCACUCCAGAGUCCUGUCUGUUUUUAAUGCAGUGCUGCCUGAGGGCCUGAAGAUCAGGACCAUCCAGUCUUGGUUUUGGUCCUUGUCCCUUUAGUACAGAGAUUUCUUCAGACUCUCUGAAUCUUUGAAUGAUGUUAUGUUAUGUAGAUGAUGAAAUGUUAAACUCAUUCUUUCACAUUUAACACUCAGGAAAAUUAUUGUAAAAUUGCUGAACUAUUAGCUAGCUCACACAGUCUCUCACAGAGUGGUGAACCUUUUCCUAUCUUUUCUUCUGAGAGACUCAGACCCUCUGAAUGUCUUUUUUAUGUCCAGUCAUGGUACUAACCUGUUGAACAUUCACCACAUUACUUGGAGAUGUAACAACUUUGGUACCUGUUUGGUUUUUCCUCUUUUACAACUUUAUAGAAAUAUGUUGCUGGCAUUAAUUCAUUUUAAAUGAAAAAAAUAAAUAUUUUCAAUUUCAACAUUUCAUAUUUUUCUUUAAAUGCUUCUGGCAAUGAGAAUCUGUCUUUAUUAACAUUUUACUCAACAUCUAAACUUUUUUAAAGUGCUCUUACAAUUUCAUCCAUGAUGCAGGCUGCAGACCCAAACAGGUAAACAGUCUGCUGCGGUAAAGAGUACAAACUAGUCUGUCAUCUGUAAUGUUACUCACAGUCCUUGUUUUGUCCUCUUGUCUUCACAGACAGCGAAGGGAAGAAGUAGGACCAUGUGACCACGUCUCACAUGAGGAAUGGCAGAUUUAUCAGACAUCAAUUCCAUGGUGUUGAAUAAGCUUCGCCUCGCUGAGAGGCAGUAAACUGAAAUAAAGAAUAAACCUCUUUCAUUUCUUACUUAUGAUGACCACCUGUUUUAUAAUACGUCACAAAGAAGCAGACAGGACAGCAGACGGAGGGACAGGAAGCAGGAGGGACUCUGUACAAAUUCAGAUCUUGGACUUUUGAAGCUCUCAGUUUUGCAGGAUUUUGACAGAAAGCACUCAGUAGAGCCGUGCUGUGGUGUGGGUUUAUAAAAAUGCACAUGUAUCGUAGUGUAAAAUGACGAUGAUAUGACUGAAUGUACUGAUGAGGACGUACUUUACCCCAAUAGUGUUGAUGGUUUUUUAACUCCUGUUGGGAAGCAGCAUUAGGAAGCUACAAAGUCUAUUAUUCUACUUAUUAUUAUCCUGAUUAUUGAAGUGCUCCUCCACCCUCCAUAGUGCUGACGCUACAUUUGUAUUACUAACCUGUACUUGAGCGUAACCAUGUUGAUUGUAUUGUCUUUAUGUGAGAGUAAACCUUCACAUCAACCUGCCCGGUGCCAUGUAGGAGCCCAAUGGUGUAAAUAUUCUGUACAGAUUCAUGGCAGAGCACUAACAUGCUUUCUGUGUCAAUCUCCAUCAGCCAUGCAGGGAGCAGUGGGCAGAGCAGGAAAACCAGCACAAACUAGAAACUAGAAACUUGGAUUUGUCAGCUGAUGUCAAAACAGCUGCAGGAGUUUUUCCUGAGACUUAGGCUGCACAAAUGAUGAUGCUUUUGCACAUGAAUAACAAUUUGUGCACUGUCAGCUUCCCAGAGGUUACAGGUUCUGAAAGGUGUACGGCCAACUUUUGGGGCUUCCAGUUGCAAACAAUAAGCAGAGUUUUUGCCGAGACUUUCUUUCCUGCCUGUUGCAUCUUCUUUAAUUCUUCUGGUGUUGAAGUUGAGUCACGACAUUGAAAGGCAGAUUUUUAGCUGCUUUCCAGACAUUUACUUAAACUGAGGUCCAGAUCUAAACAAUUUGCUCACCUUUUGUGCACACUCUACCUGUGCAAAUAAGACAAUAAGAAUACAGUCCAAUUCAUAAAGUACAUGCAAAGGGUUAAAUACUCCUUAAAGUGUGAUGCACAACAAAUAGCACUACAGUGUUGCUGCUGUUUGUGUAUAUUCAAACUUUUUGCAUUAAUUUGGGGCAGAACUGGGGAAACAAACCUUGUUAAGUGCUUGCUGUCUGAAGUUAUCUGGUCUGAUACCCAACCCUUUGUUUAUCUAAUCUGUCAUGAAUCAACUUUACAAUACUCUAAUAAGCAGUGUUUCUUCCCCACCUGGCUUGCCGUCUAUGUGUAGACAGUUGUAAGUUCUGUCAGGAUGAGAGUGCCCAGAAAAUGAGAACAAACUGCACAGCUGCAGAGCUUUAUGAGCAGGUUUGCUCUGGAAUGCCACAUUAGAAAAUGUGUUUUGUGAAUUGGACCCUGAGACAGAGUAGACUGUGGGUCAGAUGAUGCACAGUUCUUGGUGCUAUUCACAGUUGCAGUCUGUUGUUCAUGACUCUCUCCUUAAACUGUGAGCAGAUGAUCACUGGCGGGUUCUGAUCUGACAUUUCUUUUGAUUGCACUUCCUUUCUCUCACACUCCACAUGGACUACUACAACAAGCAAAACUCUUAACAAAUCUGAAACUACACUCUGGUUCCAGUUCAACACUACGUUUUUGUGCAGGAGAGAUUUCUAUUGUGAUGACAGACCUCUGUCUAUUGUCCCACAAUCCUUUGCUCUGCACCUGCUCCCAUGCCACCAACAAGCCAACUAGCUCACUGCAGAACCUCUGAUAGACACAAGGGUCUGGUUUUACAAACCACUGACAAAUUUCCAAGUUUCAAAGCCUGACUAAGAACAAUCAGGCUUUUUCUGACAGUAUAUCCAACAGUGUGGCCUUUCAGACCCAAGCUGACCUCCUGUGAUCAGCUACAAGAUGAAACUCUGACAAAGAGAUGUGUAGAAGAUGUAUAGUGAGCAGGUUGUUAUGACCAAAAGACCACUCCACUUAGAUCUCAAGUCUUGCUCACCCUUUUGGGUUUUAAUCUGCAAAACCACCCGCUCACUCUACACAAUCCUGCCUGUUACCUGGCAGCCAACUCAACAUAAGAUGACCUAAAAUAUUGGUUAAAAGAUGUUUUCUUGAUUUAAAGGUACAGUGUGUGAUAUUUAGUGGUAUUUAUCAGAGCAAUCUUUGCAGAGAUGGGAAAUAAUCAUAAGUGUGUUUAAAUUAGUAUGUAUUAGCCUGAUCAUUGUAUUUUUGUACAGUUAGAAUAAGCCUUUAUCUACAGAGGAGUUGGUUCUUUCUCUACAGAGGCUGCCAUCUUGCACCACCAUGUUUCUACAGUAGCACAGAGAGGACACACUAGUGACAUACACAUUCUGUAUUUAUCUAAAAAUGCACCAGUUGGAAGAAGAAUAAGAGUUUAGAUUAAAAGAUGUUUUGGAUGGAAAAAACUUGACAAAUGAAGCUUUUUGUCCUCAAAGGCCACCAUCAUUCAGUGACUGAAGGGGUGAGCAAGGGAGCAUUUGAAUGUAGCUAGAUAAUGCUAAAUAUUCCCAUUUCUACACACUGUACCUUUGACAAAGCCAGAUAAUCACAAGCAUAUUUUAUAUCUCUGCUGCCUUGAAUGGAGAUUAAUACCUGCAGCAGAAUCAAACUUUUAAACAAUGUGACUGACAAAAAAAAGAUUAAAUAAACUCACUUAAUGUGUGUGUAUUUCAUGUUCAUAAAUGAAAUAAUGAAUUGUAGGUAACAUUUUAUAUGAAUGUAACAGUCCCAAGUGAAAAUAAGUCAAAGUUGUAAGAUCAGUAUAAUGUCACAGUGGUUCAGACUGGAAAUCUCCCGAUCCCAGUGACCCGUCCUGGUCUAUCAGCGGCUCUGCCUCACCUACACAGCACCUCACCAUAGUAUCAGUGAUCGUUCUAUUACUUGAAUAUAGUGCUAUAAACUCUGUUUACAAAACGCUGUCAUCUUCUGGGAGACACAGUGUUGUCUUAUAAAGGCUGCUCGGUUUGUUAACGUCAUCCACACCCUCGCAAACACACACCCGGUGUAUCCAGUUAAUAACACACACUGAAACCGUAUAAACAUGAAAACCUGCUGUUGCUUUUUUAUACUGUAUAUGCCUUAAUUCAUAUGUUUGGCAAUCAUGAUUAAAGGAUGUUUAUAUAUAUAGAUAUAUAUAUAUAUACUUGC